UGCACAAAAGUACCAACAUGGUGUGGCUCUUGGCAUGCCAGGAGAGAGAGAGAGAAGAUGGCAGCUCAGAAGGAGGAAUAACUAAAGAUGAGUCAGCUCUCCUCCCUUUCUUCUACAAAGUGCCACAAUUCUGGAACAUGUUAUCUCCCAAUACGGGGUCUGCGUUACACCGUAAUGUGUGUAAACUGCAAUAAAUGCAUCUAUAAACCAGUCUAUGUAAAAUACAUUGGUACUUGUUUUGAAUGACUUGUGUGAUCGCAUGGUUAUAAAUAGCUCAUGAAAUCACCGUAAAGGUCAUGGCUGUGUGGGCAGCAUAUGGACAUCUGCAUAAUGCAGCUGAGCCCCUCUUAAAAUAAAGUAUUGCAGCUCAAAUCAAGAGAUUUAAUUUGUCGUUAAAGAUAACUGAUUAUGAAUCCAGUCUGUUAAAUCUAAUUACUACAUAAGUUGGUAUAUUUGCAUCUUAUUACAUAACAUUUGGAGUUUCUGGGGACUUGUUUUGCCUGUUAACCAAACCAGUAACUACAUAUAUUUUCCAGCGGGAGUACAAUGCAGACUUUGUUUUGUGAUUAGACAUGAGACCAGCGUGAUACCGUGUAACCAGUCAUGCAAACCCAAUGUUGAGAGAUGACAUUAAUGUCUUAGCGGGAGGGGGGGGCAAUCUGCGUUGCUCUGGCUCACUGUUGGCAUUAACUCAUUGCGCAUGCCACCUGCCAAAGGACAUUGUUUGUCCAUCUCAUGUUAAAAUCAAGCAUUUGUAUCAGAAUAUUCAAGUCACUUCUUUACCACUUGUGCGAGCAUCAAACACUAUGUAGUGAUGAGGAACACCACAUGUUUCUGUACUGCAUCUCCCAUGAUGCUCAGCCAACCUAAUGGGCACGAACAUUGUAUGGUUUAUAGAACAAUAACGUAAACCAAUGCUCCAACAAUAGAAGUGAAUAUUGGAGUGUAACUUUAAUCCUAGAAGUGCCAGGCACACCAUCUCCGUAACCUAAAACCAAAUAUUACUCACCUAUUUACCCAUUGGCGAGAUCUCUCUGACUAUCAGUGAUAAGUCUCUCCCUUUCCUGCCCAGAAAAAAAAAGCACGACUAUUUCUACAAAUGAAUCGAUCAAGUAAUGUGCAAGUCGCUCAAUAGAAUGCUUUUAAUAGGGAAGGACGGACUCAUUGUUCAGGGACAGUUGUGGACUGAAAGCUGCAAAAAGUUAAAGCAUAUCAGUAUCUUUUCAAUAUUUCAUAAAUCCCAGGGCAAUCCAAAGAUACCAUAAGACAUUUUAGGAACUACUUUGUCUUCUGGGCAAGCCUAAGGUUGACCAAAGGUGGAGCUCCGCAGCCAACUUUUGUCCAAUCUCAGCAGCCGUCACAAGUGCAAGUGUUUCGCAAGAGAACCAAGAGCUAAAGGGGACAGGCAAAACAAAGAUGGCAGCGAGAGCACGGGACAGCCCCAGCACCCCGCAGUCACAAAACGUGCAAACACCACUGAAAUGGACAGAUCUGCUUUAAAAUAAUCAAACGGUCAACAGCUCUGUUUUCCUAUUGAACUGAAAUUGCAUAUUUUGACCAAAACCUUUUAUUUCAAUGCUUAGUAAAAAAAAAAAAAAAAACAUGACCAGUAUUACCAUAGACAUACUGCAGGCUUAUCUACAGACUUCACAGUAGGAAGCCACUGGCUUGACAAACCCCUGUGUCACCUAGCUUACAGUGUGUUAUACUUGUCAAUAUAUACAGUGCACCCAAUGUGUGUGGUAGCCUGGAGUGUCCCUCUAAUAAUAUAAACCCACCCAGUAUAACUAACUGUAACCUAACCUACACAGUGCAUCUAAUGUGUGUGGGAGCCUGGAGUGUCCCAUGUUUACUAGCCCAGCACUAACCCCCACCCAAUGAAACAAGCAUUAAAUGUAUCAUAGAGAAUAAACAAAAAAGAAAAAAAUGCCAUUCUACCUGUGUAUGAUUUACUGAGAAGAUUGUAGGUUAAAAAGUAACUUUUAAUAAAUAAAUCUAAAAUAAAAAUAUAAAAAAGAAAAAAAAUAUAUAUAAUAUGAACAGCAGGAGUAAAUGGAGACUAUACAGCGAGUAAAACUCUGUGACUACUUAUACAAGCUGUAAAAGUGUAUACAUAAUAACACUAAUGCUGAAGCAAUACUGUUUAGCUACAAUAUAACAGUGUAUUCCCAAGUAAUAGAAGUGAUACUAUAUUAUAUAUCACUAAUAGCUGUAACAAGAGGAGGGGAGAUAAGACAACUGCUAAACCAGUGCUGUCAAUAGUUAAAAGAUAUGGAUAAGUAAAUCCCUACAUGAUAGUACAACUAGCGACAUGGGUUAACUCCACAUACAAUAAUUGAUAAUGUUCUAUGCAGUGGCGUACACUUGACCCAUGGGGCCCCGGUGCAAAAAUUGAUCCGUGGGCCCCCCCCCCCCGCGCCGAGUUGGGGUCGCAACACAUGGUGGCGGGCCCCUGGUCGCAGGGGUUGCAGGGCUGCGACCCCGCGACCGCGGUAUGCACACACACUUAAAGGACCGCUACAGACACCCAGAUCACAUCAGCUCAAUGAAGUGGUCUGGGUGCCAGGUCCCUCUAGUUUUAACCCUGCAGCUGAAAACAUGUUUCACUGAGGGUUAAUCCAGCCUCUGGUGGCUGUCUCAUUGACAGCUGCUAGAGGAGCUUCCGCGAUUCUCACUGUGAAAAUCACAGUGAGAAGACACUGAACGUCCAUAGGAAAGCAUUGAGUAAUGCUUUCCUAUGGGUGGUUUAAAUGCGCGCACGCCUCUUGCCGCGCAUGUGCAUUUCGGAGCUGAGUGGCGGACACUGGGGAGUCCGACGCUGGAGAAAGGUAAAUGCUGAAGACACACACACACACUCUCACGAACAGACGCAUACACACUAGCUAACAGACACACACAUUUACUGACAGAGACACACUCAGCGACAGACAUACAUACACACUCACUUACAAAACAUACACUUUCACUGACAAACACACACUCACUAACAGACAUCAAACACACUCAGUAACAGACACACACAGUAACACACUCACUAGCAGACACACCCCCAAUAACAGACACAUUCACUGACACACACACUAACACACGCACUAACACUAACACACACACACUAACACACUAACACACUCUAACACACACUAACACACACUAACACACACACACUCUAACACACACUAACACACACUCUAACACACACAUACACUAACACACACUCUAACACACAAAUACACUAACACACACUAACACACACACUCUAACACUCAAACAUGUUUUUUUUUUUUAAAUGUAAUCCCCCCAGCCUCCUUACCUUUUGGAGUGCUGGGGGGAUUCCCUGGGGUCCAGUGGUGCUGCUGGGCGGGCGGGCAGGCUGGCUGUCUAGGUGGCAGGCGAGCGAGGGAGCACUCAGUGCUUCCUGUUCAGCUCCCUCGCGCGCCGCGUAGGGAUGCCGGCGCCGGAAGAUGACGUCAUCUUCCGGCUCCGGCAUCAGUGCGGUGCGCGAGGGAGCUGAAGAGGAAGCACUGAGUGCUCCCUCGCGCGCCCGCCUGCCUGCCCGACCGGCCACCUGCCUUCCUGGUGUCAGCAGGGCCAGCCUCGGGGGGCCCUGGGGUGGUCGGCUCCUGGGCCCCCCAGGAGAAGAGGCUGGCCCUGUGGCUACAUACCGGGUCGUAGGGGCGGCCAGGCUCCCUGGUGGGCCGGGCCCGGUCGCAGCCGCGACCCUUGCGACCCUGGUAUGUACGCCACUGGUUCUAUGGUGCUUAACCUCGGAAAGAUUAAAGAUAAUGGUUCAGCUAAGACAGAUUUCUGACAGACGGCGAUUAGCCAGUUAAAUAUCACAAAAGCUGCCUAGACCAUAGCAGCACUUUGAUAAUAAAUUAAAGAUUGCUGUCAAGCAGUAAAGUAUAAAAUAAGGGGUUGCUGACCUGGCUCCGUUUUUUCUGCAAGAUACCUAGCAGUAUAUUCUAGUGUAACAACGGCUGCCUGCACUGAAUGAUGUUAACUUAUGCUUGACCACAGUGGAGCACCAAGUAGUAGCUCACCUGUGAAGGACUGCUGACAUGCAGCAGUUAACCGGUUAAAAAUCACACAAGUUGCCUAAAUGCUAGCUGCAUCUAAAUAAUAGGUCAAAGUAUAAAGAGAAGGUUUACAAACAGUUUUUGAACAGGUUGCCUAGGUAGUAGAAAAUAUACCGGUUAAGAGUCACGCAAGUUGCCUAAGUGCUAGCUGCAUCUAAAUAAUAGGUCAAAGUAUAAAGAGAGGGUUUACAAACAGUUUUUUGAACAGGUUGCCUAGGUAGUAGAAAAUAUACAGACAGUGACAGAGGAAGGCAUAUAGAAUAAAGAUUCCUGAGUCUUGUGCCUUCGAGGGCACCCCUUAGUAAAAUGCCUGGUCUUAUCAAUCUCCCCCCAUAAACAUAAUAAAGGAAAAAGAAAGAGAAAUAAAGUAUGUUCAGAGUACACAAAAUUAGUGUUAAGAGUCUCCAAUAUGCACUCCUGAGAUGCUGGACAUGAAUGAACUUGAUGUCGGUAAUUUAUCAAUAGAUAAGCAGAGAGUUAGGUGCCGACACCAAUAAUGUGUCAGUAAGUGUCCAGAGCCCCUGACGUGCACGUUUCGCCAGUGAAGCUCAUCAGAGGGCCCUCUGAUGAGCUUCACUGGCGAAACGUGCACGUUGGAGACAGCAUGGGAAGUUGUAAUAGGUAGAGUUGACGCCAGUUAGAGUUGGCAAAAAGAAGCGAAAACCAAAAGCAGACAACCUAGCAAAAGACAGUAACAGAAUACGCGAAAGGAGCCACAAAGGAGAAGGCCCUAAUACCUGUACCGCGAGUGUCAAUAGAAAGAACCAGACGAGAAAAAUGACAACCAUGAGCUAAGAAGGCUGGUAGUCCGCUAGGAGACCGCGAUACGUAGGGGACAGCAGCGGCUAUGGGAGAGGCCGAAGGCAGAGCCAAGAGGAAUGCGUAGAGGAGGCACAGGAGAGAUCGUAUGAAAAAGGUGCAGGAAGUCCGGCUCGGAUCCAGCCAGAGCAGCAGACGCCAAUUACCCAAAACUGCCAAUCUGAAACCGCCCUAUACACAACAGUAGCGGAGGAUGGAAAAGCAAACUCGGGGGCCCCUCGGGCAACAGCGUCACCCGUGGAGGCAGACAGAUGCUGAGAAUUCAGCUGACCGAAAAGGCUGCUAGGGAUGGAAUAAGUCGACUGGCGAGAAACACAGCAAAGUGAGGAAGAGACCAGGACAUGAGAGGGAGUAGCCGAAACUCCACAGCGUGAUGAGUACCAGACCUAGCCAGAGAGCCAGGUGGAAAAAUAGCACGCCAGCGCCAGGCAGUGGAGACCUGCUAAGAGAGAGACGAAGAAAACAGCGCAUACACUACCCAAUGUGUGUGUGUGUAUGCGUGAGUGUGAGCUGGCAUACUAGCUAAUGCCAAAGAAGGCGAAACAAUUAAACAUAGGUUUGGUGCUAAAUGCCAAACGGCGUGAGAGGCUCUAACUAUGCGUUGGCGCGAGGGGGCAAUGUGGCCACUGAACAGAGUGGCGGGGUGUUGGCCUCUCGGUGACAGGUAACAUAAGAUAGAAUGGGAGUGACAGGUGAGGCCCUCUCUAUGCUACAAUGCAAGGCGACUAACUAUGAUUUGGCCCGAGGGGCGUAGUACCUCAGAGUAUGAGGAUGGGUGUUGGCCUCACGGUGUCACAUAUUCAUCCGCUUAUAGAAAUGUGGUUAAUGACAUUUACUGUCCACACAGGAAAAGUUGUGCCGAGCAGCAACCUAAUCCACAGAAGGGUUAAUGCUGAGCAGUAAUUGUGCAAAUGAAACCUGGUGUCAUGUAUUUAUCCGCUCAGAGAAAAGUGAUUAAUGACAUUUACUGUCCACACAGGAAAAGUUGUGCCGAGCAGCAACCUAAUCCACAGAAGGGUUAAUGCUGAGCAGCAAUUAUGCAAAUGAAACCUGGUAACUGACUUUGGGGUCAAAGGCCGGUUACAGCCUAUCAGAACUAAAGGAGGGGUAUUUAGGCCCAGUUCUCAGCCAGCUCAGUGCCCUGUCGUGGUUUCCCUUGUGGUUGUCUGAGAGCGCGUUCCUGUUUAUAGUUUUCUACCUGGUUUUUGACUUUGGCUUUGUUUAUUGACUUCUCUAUAUUCUGGUAUCCUGACUCCUGGCUUUCCUCAUCGCUGUGUCCCUUUCUGUGUUCCCUGACCUCGGCUAGUAUUUUUGACUAUUCUUUGUACGUUAAAUCCGGCCAUUCUAAGGACCGGUAAUACGUUACUUAUUUGUCAUCCGUGCUGUACAGUUCUACGUGCUGGAUCAAACAGUAAUCCUGACAUUACGACAUGGCCAUAGAUCCUGUAGAACUGUGUCAGCACAUAGCUGCUUGCGAGAGGAAAUUAGAGGAGAAUGAUCACCGCAUGGAUCAAUUCACUCAGGCUUUAAGUACGCUUCUCGCUAGAACGGAGCAUCUGCAGCCUGCAGCGUCUCCUCCUAUAGCACCUCUACCCUGUGUACCUCCACCCACUGUUAAUAGGACUCCUUGCAUCUCCUUAUCACCAUCCCUACAGUUUGAUGGCAAUAUCCAGGAAUGCAGGGGUUUUCUUAAUCAGGUGGAGUACCAUUUUGAGGCCUCACCAGGGUCAUUCCCCACGGACAGAGCAAGAAUUUGUUAUCUAAUGAAUCAAUUAAAGGGCAAGGCCCUUGCCUGGGCUAAUCCGUUGUGGGAGAGUAAUCGGAGCAUAGCUCAUAAUUACCAGGAAUUCCUUGCCUAAUUCAAGCUCACGUUUGAGCCAUUGGGUAGAGAGGAUGACGCCUCCACUGCCCUAAUGCACAUCAGACAAGGUAACCGGUCUAUCUCGGAUUAUGCUAUUGAAUUCCGUACCUUAGCUUCCGAGGUAGACUGGACUAACAAUGGGUUAAUCUCAGCAUUCAAAAAGGGUCUCUCAGAGACUAUACUAGAUGAGAUAGCCGCUAAAGAAUUACCUAAGAGUCUUAACGAAUUUAUUACGUUUGUCAUGCAUAUUGAUAAUAGGUUAAGACUCAGAGAAGUCACCAGAAGCAAGACCAGACGUACGGCUAUGUCCCUAGCACCUCAAUUCUCUAAACCUGUUUUGUCUAACCUCCCUGUACAGUCCGAACCCGAACCUAUGCAGUUGGGGGUCACUAGACUGUCAGAGGCCGAAAAACAGUAUAGGAGAAGGGAGGGGUUAUGCCUAUAUUGCGGUAGAAAGGGACAUAUGAUAACUAAUUGUCCAGUGCGUCCGGAAAACUUCCGCACCUAAGAACCUUAAGGGGACAGAUCUUAGGUGUGAUGGAGUUGUCCUCUAACAAAAACAAAAGUAGAUUCCUCCUUGAGGUAUCUAUUUCCCUUGAUAACAAGAAGUUUUCUUGCAGUGCCCUAAUGGACUCAGGUGCUGCUGGAAAUUUUAUUGAUGUCCAGUUUAUUAGGGGUAAUGAGAUACCGGUCAGGGAGAGACCUACGCCGCUAGCUGUAGAGGCUAUUGAUGGUAGACCACUCACACAACCGCUUAUAACCCACGAAACUGUCCCUAUUACGAUCUCCAUUGGGGCCUCCCAUAGGGAGGAGAUGACGUUUCAGGUUAUUACUUCUCCAUCAUGUCCUAUCAUAUUAGGGUUUCCGUGGCUGAGUAAGCACAAUCCCUAUAUUGACUGGGCUAAUGGGGAGAUAUUAGAAUGGGGUAAAGAGUGUAUGGGGAGAUGUAUAAAACCAGUACUAAAGAGAUUGGAUACUAUUGACCUUCCCACUACCACUCCCCAAACUCCUGGAGUUCCCAUACAAUACCGAGAACUUCAGGAGGUGUUUAACAAGGCUCAAUCUGAUGUAUUGCCUCCCCACAGAGCAUAUGACUGUGCCAUUAACCUGUUUCCAGGCGCUAUGCCACCUAAGGGGGCAGUUUAUGCCUUAUCUCCCCAGGAGAGUAAAAUAAUGGAGGAAUACAUCAAAGAAUCCUUGAGCAAAGGGCACAUAAGAAAGUCAUCCUCACCAGCUGGUGCAGGAUUCUUUUUUGUUGAGAAAAAGGGUGGUGAGUUACGCCCUUGCAUAGACUACAGGGCACUUAAUAAAAUCACUGUAAAAAAUGCAUACCCUAUCCCACUCAUUUCCGAAUUGUUCGAUAGACUUCAGGGAGCUAAAGUAUUUACUAAGCUUGACCUUAGGAGCGCUUACAAUUUGGUUAGAAUUAAAGAGAAUCAUGAGUGGAAGACGGCAUUUAAUACCCGUAGUGGACACUAUGAAUAUCUGGUAAUGCCAUUUGGGUUAUGCAACGCCCCGGCCGUAUUCCAAGACUUUAUAAAUGAUGUACUCAGGGAAUUCAUUUACUCAUUUGUCUUGGUUUAUUUGGACGAUAUUUUGGUGUAUUCCCCUGAUCUUCAAACUCACCACUCCCAUGUGAAACAGGUUCUGCAGACGUUGUUGAAAAAUAAACUUUAUUGUAAAUUAGAAAAGUGCAUAUUUGACCAGCCUGAAGUCCACUUUUUGGGUUACAACAUCUCUGCAUCGGGAUUUCAAAUGGAUCCUAAAAAACUAGAGGCUGUACUACACUGGCCAUUACCCUCUGGUUUAAAAGCCAUUCAAAGGUUUAUUGGUUUUGCCAACUAUUACAGAAGAUUCAUCAAGGGAUUUUCUUCUGUAAUAGCCCCAAUCACAAAUAUGACUCGCAAAGGGGUUAGUAGCACGGUAUGGUCCAAAGAGGCUGUGAAUGCUUUUGAGACUCUUAAACAAAGAUUUGCCUCUGCGGACAUACUAAAACAUCCUGACACCAGUAAACCUUUUAUAUUGGAGGUUGAUGCAUCCGAGACAGGGGUAGGGGCUGUUCUCUCUCAGAGAGAAAGCCAGGGAACACCAUUGCAUCCUUGUGGCUACUUCUCCAGAAAGAUGUCUCCUGCUGAGCGCAACUAUGAUAUUGGCAAUAGAGAACUGUUGGCCAUUAUUCUUGCCCUCAAGGAGUGGCGACAUCUUUUGGAGGGUUCCAAGGACCCCCUGUUGAUCAUAACCGACCACAAAAAUCUGGCAUAUAUAGGGGAUGCCAAACGUUUGUCUUCCAGACAGGCUAGAUGGUCACUGUUCCUUGUGUUCCUCCCCCUCCGGUGGUGGUGGGUGGUCAGGAAGAGUAUGAGGUAUCUUCUAUCGUGGAUUCUAGGUUUUCUCGGGGCACUUUACAGUACUUGGUUGUUUGGAAAGGUUACGGUCCUGCUGAUCGUUCUUGGGUUUCGGCUCCUGACCUGCAUGCGGGCCGUAAGAUCCGCGCUUUUCACGCUAAAUUUCCUCUCAAGCCUGGUCCUGUCCGCCCGGUGGGCGUUCUUCAGGUGGGGGGUAAUGUCACAUAUUCAUCCGCUUAUAGAAAUGUGGUUAAUGACAUUUACUGUCCACACAGGAAAAGUUGUGCCGAGCAGCAACCUAAUCCACAGAAGGGUUAAUGCUGAGCAGUAAUUGUGCAAAUGAAACCUGGUGUCAUGUAUUCAUCCGCUUAGAGAAAAGUGAUUAAUGACAUUUACUGUCCACACAGGAAAAGUUGUGCCGAGCAGCAACCUAAUCCACAGAAGGGUUAAUGCUGAGCAGCAAUUAUGCAAAUGAAACCUGGUAACUGACUUUGGGGUCAAAGGCCGGUUACAGCCUAUCAGAACUAAAGGAGGGGUAUUUAGGCCCAGUUCUCAGCCUGCUCAGUGCCCUGUCGUGGUUUCCCUUGUGGUUGUCUGAGAGCGCGUUCCUGUUUAUAGUUUUCUACCUGGUUUUUGACUUUGGCUUUGUUUAUUGACUUCUCUAUAUUCUGGUAUCCUGACUCCUGGCUUUCCUCAUCGCUGUGUCCCUUUCUGUGUUCCCUGACCUCGGCUAGUAUUUUUGACUAUUCUUUGUACGUUAAAUCCGGCCAUUCUAAGGACCGGUAAUACGUUACUUAUUUGUCAUCCGUGCUGUACAGUUCUACGUGCUGGAUCAAACAGUAAUCCUGACACAUGGGACCACUAACCUAAGGCGAAGAAGCCUGGAGAAAUUACAACUAGUGGACACCUAUGACCCUGACAGCCAGCCACAGCUAACUAAGAGGAGAGGGAAGGUAGCGUGAGAGAGGACGGAUUUGAUGAACGUGUAUCGAAAGAAACGUGAGGGUGAAACGAGUACCGCCGGGCCGACCGUAACCGAGAAGCAGAGUAAGCACGUCAGAGUCCAGGCGGUCAGCCAAGAGGAGCGAUCCCGGCCACAGGUGAUAGAGUAUGUGGUGGUGAAAAGCCCACGGGGCUCCCGAGACCCAGUAUGAGAGUGUGUGUGAGAGUGCUGGCACACUAGCUAAAGCCAAAGGCGAAACAAUUAAACUAGGUUUGGUGACAGGUGAGGCCCUGCUAGAUGCCAAGCGGCGGGAGAGGCUCUAUCAAUGCAUUGGCGCGAGGGGACAAGGCCACUGAACGUUGUGGCGGGGUGUCGGCCUCUCGGUGACCGGUAACAUAAGAUAGAAUGGGAGUGACAGGUGAGGCCCUCCCUAUGCCACAGUGUGAGGCGACUAACUAUGAUUUGGCCCGAGGGGCGUAGUAGCUCCGAGUAUGAGGAUGGGUGUUGGCCUCACGGGACCACUAACCUAAGGCGAAGAAGCCUGGGGGAAAUUACCACUAGUGGGCACCUAGGACUCUAACAGCCAGCAACAGCUAACUAAGAGGGGAUGGGUAAGGAGUGAGAGAGUGGAUGCACUGCGUGAUAAAGAUGUGGGGAGGGUGGGGGUGGGGGGGGGAGGAAUCAUAAAGCAGACUGUAAUGCUCCUUCUGUAAAAUAAUGGAGCAUGGGUAUAGCGGGCAGACUUGGCCCAGCCAAGCAGGGAAACAAAAACCAAAGGUAAAAACGCGGGUCACACCCCGAGACGGGACCGAAAAAACGCUUGGCAACAGCAACUACGUAGCUUAAGACUGCGCAUGACACAGCAGGAAAAGGAAACACUAGUAGGUGAGUAGGGGGGUAAGUAGUGUAACAAGCCCCUACCACAACUGCAGGCCAAGCCUUCCCAUUUAUUGUAUGUGGCGUUAACCCAUGUCGUUAGUUGUACUAUCAUGUAGGGAUUUACUUAUCCAUAUUUUAACUAUUGACAGCACUGGUUUAGCAGUUGUCUUAUCUCCCCCCCUCUUGUUACAGCUAUUAGUGAUAUAUAAUAUAGUAUCACUUCUAUUACUUGGGAAUACACUGUUAUAUUGUAGCUAAACAGUAUUGCUUCAGCAUUAGUGUUAUUAUGUAUACACUUUUACAGCUUGUAUAAGUAGUCACAGAGUUUUACUCGCUGUAUAGUCUCCAUUUACUCCUGCUGUUCAUAUUUAUAUAUAUAUAUAUAUAUAUAUAUAUAUAUAUAUAUAUAUAUAUAUAUAUAUAUAUAUAUAUAUAUAUAUAUAUAUAUAUAUAUAUAUAUUUAUAUAUAUAUAUAUAUAUUUAUAUUUUUUUUUUAUUUUUUUUUAUAUUUUUAUUUUAGAUUUAUUUAUUAAAAGUUAAUUUUUAACCUACAAUCUUCUCAGUAAAUCAUACACCGGUAGAAUGGCAUUUUUUUCUUUUUUUGUUUAUUCUCUGUGAUAUUCACCAUUUAGGGGUUAACCCCCUUUUUUGUGUGCCCUCUACCUUGUGAUAUUUAAAUUUUGGCCCUAGGUUAAUUAUUUUUGUUUUCCUCGUAUAAUAAGAAUUAAAUGUAGAUGUAAUGUUGGUGCUCUGACUCCCUCUUAAUGCUACUCUGCAUGAUUUGCUCUGUUUAAGUAACAAAAAUAUGCAACGCUGUUGAAAAUCAGGAGGAGGGCAAAUAGGUUUUUUUUUUGCUGCACUAAAAAGUGCAUAUGUAUAACACAUGUCUGCCCGUGGUUUCAUUUCCUAUUGGGAAACACAGAAGUGCUGCCAAUAGGAGGAUCAGAGGGUGCGGUUUUAGAUCUUUAAAUAUCUUGCUUUUGGAGUGAUUUCUCAAGUUUAUUUCAGUCUAUAUUUAGCAGAUAUGGGUUGUAUUCACUAAACCGUGAGUUAGUAAGACUUGAAAAAUCUCUGCCAAAAUAGCUGGGAUGGAUCUUAGCUGACCCGCAUUCUCCCUACAAAUCCAAAGCGUUACUUACAGUGAAUUUUGGUGAACUGACAAAGAAACUGCAAAUUUCAGGUGAAAAUAGGAGAUCUAGACAAGAGCUUGACAGGAAAUUUUUUCAUCUCCUUUAGUUUAAAGGAACAGUUUGGACACUAUAACAACUUCAUUGGAAUUAAGUUGUUACUGUGCCAGGAUGUCCCUGCUCGUCAUACCUCCAGGGGUUAAACGGUUAACGAAAACUUUGCCCAGCUUUCAAACCCGAUCCAAACUCUAUUUGUUAAUCAAGGAGAAAUACCAAAGGCCUUGUUCCUCUAUUCACUGCAUCCUGUCUGACUGCGUGUCAGUGAAACCAAUGAAUGUCAAAUCACUUAAAAUACAAAAUCAUUUUUCAUCUAUAAAUUUAGUAGCUAUAACAAAAAUGUAAACGUGAUAUUUUAUGCUGGUUAAAGGAACACUCAUAGCACCAUAACCACAGCAGCACUCCUGGCGUCCCCCUGCAUUGUAAGGAGUAAAACCAUUUUAGUUUGAUUUGACUUGUUACCAGCUGUCUGACACUAAAUACUACGGAGAGCUGAAAGCUUCUAAUCAGGAGUUACUGUUAGCUCUUCGGAACCAAGACCAGCAAUGCAUGCCCAGCUCGCUGGCUAAGAGUGUCAGCGAGCUUCCGGUAGGUGGAAAGCUGUACCCGAUGGAUGCCAGGUAAAAAAAAAAAAAAUCAGACCAUUCUAAAAAUGUUUGACUCCUUACAAUGGGGGGAGUGGCACUAUAAACACUGUAUGCUGUAGUGGUUAUAGUGUAUGAAGUGUUUAUUUUAAGUCACGUUAGCCACUACAAGUGCUCUUUAAUUGUGUUUGUAAGACAUAUUUAUAAACCCAGAACCGGGUUCUCACAUCAUAAUACUCCCCACAUGCUCCUACCAUGCUCUAUUGCAUAGUGAUGGUGGCUUACAUCAGUUAAGCUAAAAUAACCAACUCACAUGUAGAGGCGUAGCCGAAUGGAAGCCAUUCCGUAGAUAUUCAUUGAGGUAGUUAAACCAUGACUUAGGGUACAGGGCCUUUUUGGGCUCUUGUCGACCUAUUUGGUGGUUUAUUUAUUUAGUGUUUAGUCAUGUGGUUCUCAGUCUCCCUAACCCUAUCAGGUAUUGUGGUUUCAUGACCCCAUCUAGUGAUAAACCAUGCGUUUUCCAGAUUUUUCCUCUUAAGUCGUUUUUGUCUCCUUUUUGAGGCAGCCACUCUAUUUUAUUUUAUUACGUUACAAUAAAGAAAUUUUUGGCAUAAAACACUUUAUUGCCAUUUCUUCUUUUCUUGUCUUUCACCUGACUACGUAUAUUCAGAAGAAGCCUAAAGAAUCCAUAGGUGGGGAUCAUACCACCCAAGCGCAUAUAGUGAGCAGUAUAUAUCUGCUCAAAAGAAUGUGAGUAAUAUCCUCUUUAUUAUUUUAAUACUUCACCGUAACACAGAGAGCACUAUAUAUUUUAUUUUCCUCUUUUGGGUCUGCACUUUGGACGAUGUACGUGCACUAGAGAACUGCGAUUUGAAGUCUACUCCAUAUAUCCCUGAGUGGGGAAUAUUCCACUCCACGUGCUUUAUAUCAGAGCUGGAUCUUCAGCUCUGAAAAUUGUGAGUAAGACCUAUUCUACUAUUUUAUUCUUACGUAUUUACAUACUGUACCAUUGGAGUCCUGUUUCUUCUUUUCUCCACAUAUGUUCCACUGUAUCCUGUACAUACCAUUGUGAAGAUUCGACCCUACUCUACACCUUAAAGAAUCUCCUUUUGUUUUUACGUGGGAUUACGCAUCACGGACUUUGAUAAGUUUUUGACUAUUGUUAUCCAAUAUUGUAUUCUAUUUUAUAUUUUAUUGAGUUCAUAUAUUUUAGUACUUAUUCUUGGCGCAUCCUUAUUGUUCUAUUUUGUUCUGUGACUUUUCUAUCGUUGGGGAUUUGUAGGGGAUUCCCUUUUGAGGAGUGCAGCCUUUAUAUAUUGUGGCUAUUUAAGCGCUGAUUUUUUCUGUUUUUUUCUAUUAGCCACUCUAUGGCCCCUAAAUAUAUCUUUCGUUUCAAAGAAACUUUAUUUGUGCCAAUGAAACAAUUACAGCAGCAUAGUAAGGUAAAUAAGUAACGCAUGAGACACACAGGUCUCUCAUAUAAACAUUCAACAAUGUUACAAAGCCUAAUACAAUCCAGUGACUUUGUUAUUAAGACUUAUAGAAAGCAGUAGUUGGAGCACUCAGAGAUUGCCACCAUGUAGCCCUUCUGGAUUGGGUGUAAUUUGUGCUGCGUACACGAUCAUUUUAAUACAGGAAGGAAUAUAAGCAAUAGUUGGAGCACUUAGAGAUUGCCACCAUGUAGCCCUUCUGGAUUGGGUGUAAUGUGUGCUGCGUACACGAUCAUUGUACUACAGGAAGGGAUAUAAGCAAUAGUCGAGACACACAGGUCUCGUGUAAUCACUCAACCCUAUAACAUGACAUAGUGAAGUCAAGCAGCAUUAUCAUGUAGGAAAUGAAAAGGAGUAGCUUGUGUUUGCUUAAAUGUUAACUGGUCAGCUAUUCCGAUGCUGGUGUGGAAAGGUGGCGACCCCUUAGGAUUAGCUAAAUGUAGACCCCGCUCGAGGCGUAUUGUGCAGGUGUUCCACAUACGACAGGGUGGAGCCUUAGAGGUAUGAAUGGUCGGAUCCUAUCAUGUGUAUCUGAGGGUCAGCCAUAUGGGGCAGUGGGGAUCCAAGAGACGGAACAUUGUUAGUAGUUUGAAGAAGGGUGUCACGAAUCUUGGGAUUGAGGUACUGGGUACUUCUAGCAAUAUGUGUGCGUAGGCAUGUUUUACCCCUCGCAGUUCUUAGCGAACACGUCACACCAUGAAGGUGGGCAUCCCGGGUUAAGGUGACAAUUACGAGUUUCUUAAUAAUGGUAUCUUGUUAAAUAUUGCCUAGAAUCUGGCGGGCUAGGCUAAUAGAAUCCGUGCAAGGCAUGGGAAGUGUAUUACAGGGUAGAAUGGAAAACGAGUCAGAAGGAAUCGGAUGAUAGUACAGGUAAAGGUGCAGCAUGGAGAAGGACCCGUGGGAACCAAGUUCAGCAUGGAGCAAAGCCCCUAUUCAGGCCCCCGCAGGCCAGCCCCAGCGUGCGCAGCAUUCGCCCGCGCCACAUAUUCAACCCAGGGUCAUCAACGUUCAAUGUGUUUCAUGUCGGUUCCUGUCAAUGAUGCCUGCAGCGCUUCUGUGGACUGGAUUUCCACUACUUUGUCUAGCCAUUGUUCUACUGUCGGGGUCUUAGCUUGUUUCCAGAGGGUAAGUAUCGUGGAUUUGGCUGCAUUUUGUGUAGCCAAAUGGGGAUGAGGUGGCAUGCAGAAGUACAUGUUCAAAUUCGAAGGAUUGUUUCUCCCCUAGGAUCUCUGACACCUCAGUGUGGACCGCAUUCCAAAACGGGCAAUCCCACCAGAUGUCGAACCGUGCCCCCGGCCUCUCAGCACCUCCCGCAGGUGUUUGGGACUGUGGGGAAAACCCUGUGUAAAUAUUCAGGUGUUCUUCACCUGGAGGAGAGGAGUUUGUAGUUGGUCUCCUGAUAUCUAGAGCUCAAUGAGCUCUUGUGGGCCAAUAUCAUUUUUUUUUCCCAUUGAGUGUCUGAACACUUUACCCAAGGUAGUUUGUUCUAGAUGUCCAACCAGUAGAUGCCAAUAUAGUGUGAAGAUUACCCCAUCGAGGUUCGUUUUGUCUUGCAUAAGCUUCCCUAAAUAUAUCUUUCUGUCAUUACUUGUGGGCUUGACUUGUUCCCUUACUGAUGAAUCUUGAAUAAGUAAAUCCAUGUUAAGACUAGUUUUAACACUGGGUGGCAGCAUUUGUAUAGUUUUAUUAAACAAACAUUAUUAAAGCGGCACUGUCAUGCCGAACUUACCUUUCCUCAAUCUCUUCCUCUUCUCCCCCUCUCUCAGGAUCUGUUCUUUUUCUUUUCUUCCUGUCUUCUUUAGUUGUCUUUAAAAUCAUAAGACAAAGUAGGGACUCUUUGCCUUAUGGAGGUUUCCUCUACUUGACCAGCUUUGACCAGCGGAGGAGCAAAGUGGGCUUCAUUUCCGCUGGUCAGAGCAAUUUUCCCAUAAUUCUUACCUUUCCUCUGUGAUCUCGCAAUGCUUCCUGUCAUUUUAGACAAAACUGCCGAAUUGCGUUCUAACUGAAUGAAAACACUAGGUUUGUUUGUUUUAGAACUCAAUUCGGCACUCUGUUCGUUACGGAAUUUCAUUUGAAUGAAUGAAACUCCUAUUCAAUUUGUGCCGCGGCUAAAGAUUACUUAGUAUUAGUAAAUAAUAUGCCCCUACUCGCUAUGACGUGAGUAGGGGCCUUUGGCUGCUCACUGUUAAGAAAACCAAAAAAACAAAAACCACAAUUGUCCCCCACCCCUGAACGGCGGUGGGGGCCCUAAGCAAUAAGAGGGGGGACUAUUGCCCUCCUGGCCCCCACCCCUGAGCGGCAGUAAAGGGGAGACCUAUUGCCUCCCCCCCCCGACCCCCACCCCUGAGCGGCAGGUGGGGGCCUUUAAAAACAAUAAGAGGGGGGAACCUAUUGUUUCCUCCCCCUGAGCGGCUGGUGGGGACCAAGUUUAAAAUCCCCCCCCCCUUUUUAGUGACUAGGGGUCCCCGAGCCCCUAGUUACCCCCAUUCCCCCAAUAAAAUAAAUUCCUACCUACCCCCCUCAUCCUAGUAAUAGUGAAGGGGGGGGACAAUGAAGCUAAAUUCUUGUAAAGAAAAAAUAAAAAUAAACUUACCAUUAGAUGUCUUCUUUUUUCAAAUAUCUUCUUUCUUCAGCCCCAAAAAAGGCCAAAUAAAAAGCCAUACAUCCCAUCGAACUCCAAAAAAAACCUCCAAAACACACUAUCGCAAGAAAAAAAAAAUCCAUCUUCACCCUUCGAGGGCACACCGCAUACUGAGCUCCGCAGGGCAGGUCAAGGCUUAUAAAGCCUUACCACUCCCUGCAAUUAGGCUCAAAGCACAAUGAUUGGUUGGUUUAAGCCAACCAAUCAGAGUGCUCUGAGUCAUUUUACACAGUGUGGGAAAAUUCCAACGAACUUUCCCACACUCUAUAAAAUAACUAACACUCUGGUUGGUUUAAACCAACCAAUCAGAGUGCUCGGAGUCAUUCUACACAGCGUGGGAAAGUUCUCUGCGCGGAGCCCUCCAUGGGUUAAGAUGGAUUAUUUUUUUUGAACUCGUUUUUUCUUUUUUGUCUGUUUUUUUUUUAUUUGGCUGUCUUUCUGACGAAUGAAUGAAUAGAUUAAAUUUCCGUUCGCAUGUCCAAGUGUAUCAGUGGGCAUGUGCGGGAAUCGCACAGCGCUAUCUAAUGUGGGCAGAUGACGUGUCCCACAGGGACUUCCUCUACCCACACAAAGAUGGCGGCGCCCUGAAUAUAGAUCGGGGCAGAAAAUAAAGAUUAAAAAUAGGUAAUAUGGGGGGGCUUAGCGGCAUUUGGGGGUAACUAAGGGGUCAAUUAGAUGUAGUGGAGGCGAGAGGGGGGUUAAAAAAAAAAAAAACAACAGGAUUCAGCCAUGACAGUGCUGCUUUAAUCUUUGUUUGCAUUUUUAUUUAUAAUGUGUUUGCUUGCAAUUUUGUUUUAGACUGGCAAUAUAAAUGUAGCUAAAAUGCUACAGGCUAGUUUAUGUUUAUAAAUAGGCAUUAAAGGAACACUCUGGGUACCAUAACAACUUGGAAUGAGGUUGUUAUGCUGCAAGUAUGUCCCCAGGUGAUGGCUUAAACGGUCUAACACCAAAGUCUUCAAUCCGGUACCCGGCAGCUCUGACCCUGAAUUUCUUUUGCAGUUCGAGGCUUAAAACCGGAAGCCUGUGAACAAGAUAAUGCAGUAGCCCACUUUCACAAAACGGAGUGAGAAAAAUAGGUGCUUUUUCCAUUUAUGAAUAGGCUAGUAAUAGGCUAAGAGUAUCAGCCUAUCAGCGACUGCCAGUCUGAGAUUCCUAAUUCAAGCCCUCGGACUGCAACGGAAGUUAAGGGGCACAGCUGAUGGGUGCCAGAUGAAGACUUUGGUGUUAAUCCUUUUGUUAAUGGUUUAACCCAUUGAGGUAAGCCAUUGCACAUGGACCUCUGCGCACCAUAACAACUUAAUUAUAUUACAGAUGUUAUGGUGCUUUUUGAACUGUGAUGUUAAUGUAAUCCUAUAGAAUUAUAUUUCUAACCUCUAUAUGGUGUCUGAAUGCUAUCCAGAGAGUAUUUAUUCUAGGUCCAACUGCCUGACAGCCCUUCUUUUGAAAGUUUAAUUUAGAAUCAUGAUUGCUACGUUGUAACCACAUUUCCAAAAUAACAUUUAAUACACCCUACUGCUGUUUAAAGGAGAACGAUCAUGUGUCGAGAAAUUACACCAUUGGAUAGGAAUAACUUGUACUGUGUGUUGUUGUUAUUAUUAAUUUAUUUAUUUAUUACUUUUCCAUGUAAUGCUCUGCUUUCUUUUAAAUGUUUAUGAAGGAUUUAGCAAAUUACAUCAACAACAACACACGAAAAGGACUUGGGAAUUGUUAUAGACAACAAACUAUGCAACAAUGUGCAAUGUCAAUCAGCAGUGGUCAGGGCCAGUAAGGAAUUGUCAUGCAUGGAAAAAGGGCAUUCAUUCUCGGGACGAGAAUAUCAUUUUGCCUCUUCAUAAAUCACUGGUAAGACCCCAUAUUGAAUAUGCUGUGCAAUUUUGGGCACCUGUUCUAAAGAAGGAUAUUAGGGCACUAGAAAAAGUGCAGAGGCGGGCUACAAAAUUAAUAAAAGGAAUGGAACAUAUCAGCUAUGAAGAAAGGUUAACAAAUUUAAACCUAUUUAGUUUAGAAAAAUGUCGCCUGAGAGGGGAUAUGAUAACAUUAUACAAAUAUAUUCGUGGCCAAUACAAACCAUUGUGUGGAAAUCUAUUCACAAACCGGACUUUACAUAGGACACGAGGUCAUGCGUUUACACUGGAAGAAAGAAGAUUUCGUCUAAGGCAAAGGAUAGUUUUUUUUUACUGUAAGAACAAUAAGGAUGUGGAAUUCUCUGCCUGAAGAAGUAGUUUUAUCAGAGUCCGUACAGAUGUUCAAACAGCUACUAGAUGCAUACUUGCAAAAACAGAAUAUUCAAGGAUAUAAUCUUACAAUGCAGGGUAAUAACUGCUUGAUCCAAGGAUAAAUCUGACUUCCAUUCUGGGGUCAAGAAUGAUAUUUUUUUUUCUAGCCUGUUGCAAAAUUGGAAGUGCUUCAAACUGGGUUUUUUGUCUUCUUUUGGAUGAACAGCAAAAAACAAAUGUGAGGAAGGCUGAACUUGAUGGACGCAAGUCUCUUUUCAGCUAUGUAACUAUCAACAUCAAUAUCUUUUCAGUCCUGGCAGAGUCAGGAUGCACGUUCCAUUGGGGGAGGAGAAAAAAAAACCCUUUCUGUUUAGACUUCACACAUGUACGUUAACUUAAAUAGUGAUUCCAACCCAAAAAAGUGUUUUUAUUUAAAAAAAAAAAAAGUGUCCUGCGUGAGGUGGUUCUCCCUCCCCAAACUGUAAAAAACAUAAAAUAAAGCAUAAAACCUUCUCUUUGCCACCUUGGAGUCUAAGUUUUCCCUGCAGCUCAAUCCUUCUUGCCUGUCAUCACUUCCUCUCGUUGGAGAGGGAGUGCCAGGAGGACAGACUGAGGAGAGGGAAAGGGACGGCGUGAUGGCGUCAAUUUGCACAAUUAGCCCCUGGCUAAUGAUGCUGCCGGAGGUGAAAUUACACCUCCAGUAACUAAGGAUUUAAUCUCUGUAUUUACAGCGUUUCAUGGUACCAUGACCACUGUGGUACAACAGUCAUAGUUCCGUUCUAUGACAAUGUCCAUAAUUUAAUCGUUGGAUGCACGAGGAAGAAAAAAUACAAUUAAACAGUAAAGGUGUGUCCUUGGAAUCCAACAAGUUUGUAAAACAUGCUGCUUUCGUAUUGUCUGACCAGCUGGAGUCUGUUCUACUGUCCUCUUGUAAUCCGUAUCUCCAGCCGACGCGUUUCGCCAAUAUAACAGGCUUCCCUGGGGAUGUAAAUAAAUUCCGCAAUAUAGAAUAGCUGCGUCUGCUAGAAUUGGUGGGAUUGCCAGCCUCAGGAUAAUGUUCUAUUUAUUACAGGAUUCUAUUCAGCACUGUGGGUAAAGUGAUACCUUUUUAAAGGCUUGUGUGUAACUGCCCAAAUUCACGGGUAGUAAAGACACUUUGCCAGCCUUGGAACCAGAAUAAAAUAAAAUAAACAGCCACUACUAGACGGCCACUGGGGCACUUCCGGAAUCUAAACUGACUUUUGGUCCGUUAUCUGAGGCUGGACGUCUUCACGCUCUGUAUGAGGACUUCCAGCAUCAGAUUUUUUCCAUCGGAAAGCAUGCGCAUUAGAUCUCCCCGGCCGGCUGAUGGCGGGGGAGGAGCGUGGGCCGAGCCUGACCCAGUGCCAAGAAACAUCGGCGCUGGAUUCAGGUAAGUGGCUGAAGGGGACUUCAGCCCCGCGGGAGUGGGGGGGAACUAUUAAUCCUAUAGUGCCAGGAAAAUGGCUUUGUUUUCCUGGCACUAUAGGAUCCCUUUAAUUUUCGGGGAAAAACAGUAGCAAGCAUGUACAAGAAAGCAGGUCUACAUUCGAAGAAUUUAAGGGAAUCCUGCAAAUCUAUGUUCAGGGAAACUUCCCAGAACAUAGUUUAGCGAACUAGCGACAAUCUCAACUAGGGCCUUUUUUCAGGGUAGGGCUGUUAUUGCGAGCAAAAAACGGACUUGAGCUUAUUUUCGGGGAAAAACUAUAAUUUUGUUGUGUUGAGGACCCCAGCCACUUAAGGAGUAUUCUUGGCCAUAGGCAAUUAUUGCCCUUUCUCAGAAAUGCCAAUGUUUAAAUGUAUAAUUUGUUGGAAACAUCUCUCUAGCCCUUCCUAAUUUGUGUGUUUUUGUUUCUUUUUUGUAUUAAGGUUCUAUCUGAGUGCCUCCCCCAUAAUAUUUUGUAAGUUUGCCAAAGGAAUAUACUAUAUUGUCUGAGAGUCUUGGGAGUUGCAGUCUCUCUCUCAAUUUUUAAGUUGUUGUAAGGAUCCCUCAUGUUACAAAAUAUAAUUUAUAAGAGUCCUGGGAAAUGCGGUCUCAUCUCCUGUUAAUGUUCGCCCAUGUUCUGAGCUGUCUGAGAGUCCUUAGAGUUGCAGGCUCUCAAACCAUUAUUUGUAGAAAUGUAUCCAUCUCCCCAUGUUACAGAAUGUUAUGAGAGUCCUAUGAGUAGCUAUUCUCUCAUCAUAAUACUUGUAAAAAUGCCUUUCCAUCUAACAUUGUUCUGAGUAGUCCUUCUCAUCCACAAUUACUUGUAGAAAUAUUUCCCGAUGUUGCAGAAUGUUUUGUGUCCUGUGAGUCGCAGUCCUUCCCCCUUUGUUUGUUGAACUGUUCCCCUGUGUUAUAGAGUGCACUUGGAGUCCUGGGAGUAGCAGUUUUCUCCCUGCGUUACUUGCACCCCUUCCCCCGUCCCACCUUUUUACAGAAUAUUCUGAGAGUCCUGGGAGUAGCAGUUUUCUCCCUGCGUUACUUGCACCCCUUCCCCCGUCCCACCUUUUUACAGAAUAUUCUGAGAGUCCUGGGAGUAGCAGUUUUCUCCCUGCGUUACUUGCACCCCUUCCCCCGUCCCACCUUUUUACCUGGGAGUAGCAAUCUCUCCCCAUAUUACUUGUAGCAAUGCCCCCCAUGUUACACACUAUACUGCGAGUCCUGGGAGUAGCAAUCUCUCCCCAUAUUACUUGUAGCAAUGCCCCCCAUGUUACACACUAUACUGCGAGUCCUGGGAGUAGCAAUCUCUCCCCAUAUUACUUGUAGCAAUGCCCCCCAUGUUACACACUAUACUGCGAGUCCUGGGAGUAGCAAUCUCUCCCCAUAUUACUUGUAGCAAUGCCCCCCAUGUUACACACUAUACUGCGAGUCCUGGGAGUAGCAAUCUCUCCCCAUAUUACUUGUAGCAAUGCCCCCCAUGUUACACACUAUACUGCGAGUCCUGGGAGUAGCAAUCUCUCCCCAUAUUACUUGUAGCAAUGCCCCCCAUGUUACACACUAUACUGCGAGUCCUGGGAGUAGCAAUCUCUCCCCAUAUUACUUGUAGCAAUGCCCCUCAUGUUACACAUUAUGCUGGGAGUAGAAGUCUCUCCCCAUAGUACUUGUUGCAAUGCCCCCCAUGUUACACACCAUACUGAGAAUCCUGGGAGUAGCAGUCUCCCACCAUAUUACUUGUAGCAAUGCCCCCCAUGUUACACACUAUACUGAGAGUCCUGAGUGUAGCAGUCUCUCCCCAUAUUACUUGUAGCAGUGCCCCCAUGUUACACACCAUACUGAGAAUCCUGGGAGUAGAAGUCUCUCCCCAUAUUACUUGCAGCAAUGCCCCCCAUGUUACACACUAUACUGAGAGUCCUAGGAGUAGAAGUCUCUCCCCAUAGUACUUGUAGCAAUGCACUUCAUGUUACACAACCUUACUGAGAAUCCUGGGAGUAGAAGUCUCUCCCCAUAUUUCUUGUAGCAAUGCCCCCCACGUUACACACUAUACUGAGAGUCCUAGGAGUAGAAGUCUCUCCCCAUAGUACUUGUACCAAUGCCCCCCAUGUUACACACUAUACUGAGAAUCCUGGGAGUAGAAGUCUCUCCCCAUAUUACUUGUAGCAAUUACCCCCAUGUUACACACUAUACUGAGAGUCCUAGGAGUAGAAGUCUCUCCCCAUAGUACUUGUACCAGUGCCCCCCAUGUUACACACUAUACUGUGAAUCCUGGGAGUAGAAGUCUCUCCCCAUAUUACUUGUAGCAAUGCCCCCCAUGUUACACACUAUACUGAGAGUCCUGGGAGUAGCAGCCCCUCCAUACUACAGAUUGUUCUGAGAGUCCUGGGAGUAGCAGUCUCUCCCCAUAUUACUUGUAGCAAUGCCCCUCAUGUUACACACUAUACUGAGAGUCCUGGGAGUAGCAGCCCCUCCAUACUACAGAUUGUUCUGAGAGUCCUGGGAAUAGCAGUCUCUCCCCAUAGUACUUGCAGAAAUCCCCCCUCCAUAUUACAGAUUGUUCUGAGAGUCCUGGGAGUAGCAGUUUUCUUUGCCUGCUCUCCAGCUGGCUGACUCUCCCCUUCCCUCCUCUAGCCCUCCUCCUGCUCACACUCCUCCCAGCCUCUCCCGGCUGAGCUGGCUCCCUGACCCCCUGGAGGGAGGCUGUAGAUUUGGGGUGUCCUGUGGGGUCCAGCAUGCAGUGUAUCCGCAGACAGCCAGCCCACUCCAAGUCAGAGGAGCUGAUCCUCCAGGAGAGCAGCAGGAAGGAGUUCCAGAAAAACUGCACCCGGCUGGGUAAGUGAUCCCACACCUACCGGGCUGGGAGCUGUCUUACUCUGCACAGCUCAUGGGGGCCAAUGGACUGCAACUCCCACACCCGCAACUUCUAGCUGUGUUACAGAUUGUAAUGGGAGUUGUAGUUCUACCACAGCUGGAACUCUACCAAACACUCUCUCAGUCCAGCAACUCCUCCCUGAUCCUAUUGGGAACUGAGUGUGUCCUUAACCCUGUGAGUGCCACGGAACUUAAUCUCAAGUAACAAUUUCCAAAGCCACCUCCUACCUGUUCAACUGGUGUAUGUGUAGUACUGAGUUACUGUAUCCCCAGUGAGUGAGGGUCCCUCUGUUACUGUAUCCCCAGUGAGGGAGGGUCCUGGGUUACUGUAUCCCAAGUGAGUGAGGGUCCCUGUGUUACUGUAUCCCCAGUGAGUGAGGGUCCUGGGUUACUGUAUCCCAAGUGAGUGAGGGUCCCUGUGUUACUGGAUCCCCAGUGAGUAAGGGGGUCCUGUGUUACUGGAUCCCCAGUGAGUAAGGGGGUCCUGUGUUACUGGAUCCCCAGUGAGUGAGGGUCCCUGUGUUACUGUAACCCCAGUGAGUGAGGGUCCCUUUGUUACUGGAUCCCCAGUGAGUGAGGAUUCCUGUGUUACUGUAACCCCAGUGAGUGAGGGUCCCUGUGUUACUGUAUCCCCAGUGAGUGAGGGUCCCUGUGUUACUGUAUCCCCAGUGAGUGAGGAUUCCUGUGUUACUGUAUCCCCAGUGAGGGAGGGUUACUGUAUCCCCAGUGAGGGAGGGUCUCCGUGUUACUGUAUCCCCAGUGAGUGAGGGUCCUGUGUUACUGGAUCCCCAGUGAGUGAGGGUCCCUGUGUUACUGUAUCCCCAGUGAGUGAGGGUUCCUGUGUUACUGUAUCCCCAGUGAGUGAGGGUCCUGUGUUACUGGAUCCCCAGUGAGUGAGGGUCCCUGUGUUACUGUAUCCCCAGUGAGUGAGGAUUCCUGUGUUACUGUAUCCCCAGUGAGUGAGGGUCCCUGUGUUACUGUAUCCCCAGUGAGUGAGGGUUACUGUAUCCCCAGUGAGGCAGGGUCUCCGUGUUACUGUAUCCCCAGUGAGUGAGGGUCCUGUGUUACUGGAUCCCCAGUGAGUGAGGGUCCCUGUGUUACUGUAUCCCCAGUGAGUGAGGAUUCCUGUGUUACUGUAUCCCCAGUGAGUGAGGGUUACUGUAUCCCCAGUGAGGGAGGGUCAUGUGUUACUGGAUCCCCAGUGAGUGAGGGUCCCUGUGUUACUGUAUCCCCAGUGAGUGAGGAUUCCUGUGUUACUGUAUCCCCAGUGAGUGAGGGUUACUGUAUCCCCAGUGAGGGAGGGUCCUGUGUUACUGGAUCCCCAGUGAGUGAGGGUCCCUGUGUUACUGUAUCCCCAGUGAGGGAGGGUCCCUGUGUUACUGUAUCCCCAGUGAGGGAGGGUCCCUGUGUUACUGUAUCCCCAGUGAGUGAGGGUCCUGUGUUACUGGAUCCCCAGUGAGUGAGGGUCCCUGUGUUACUGUAUCCCCAGUGAGUGAUGGUCCCUGUGUUACUGUAUCCCCAGUGAGUGAGGGUUACUGUAUCCCCAGUGAGGGAGGGUCUCCGUGUUACUGGAUCCCCAGUGAGUGAGGGUCCUGUGUUACUGGAUCCCCAGUGAGUGAUGGUCCCUGUGUUACUGUAUCCCCAGUGAGUGAGGGUUACUGUAUCCCCAGUGAGGGAGGGUCUCCGUGUUACUGUAUCCCCAGUGAGUGAGGGUCCUGUGUUACUGGAUCCCCAGUGAGUGAUGGUCCCUGUGUUACUGUAUCCCCAGUGAGUGAGGAUACUGAGUUUCUGUAUCCCCAGUGAGUGGUGAGUGAGUAAAUCCGUUUCUGUCUUUGGCUGUUACAGUCUUGUUCCACACACUGCACCCAGCAUGACACACAUUGUUGGUGUUGUCAGACUAUAGGAACUACAUAACUUCCAGUGCAGAGCAGGCUUACCAACAUAUAAAGGCAAUUGUUGACUUAAGACGUUUAAACACCGAAACCAAAGGUUGUAAAGGCUACACACUUGUAUGUAAUAUGUGUCUUCAUUGCGUGAUUUAGGAGUUGGUUCAGUUACAUUGUUUUUAUUUACCUUUAUAUAGUCUAAACAUAUAACACAGUACUGUACAAAGCGUCGUCAUGCAGUAUAGAAAUCUGAUAUCUGACUGUUACUCGCAGUGUACAGAUUGAGACAUUGUAAUAGUGUGAUCAAACCAUGGACGUAAUUAUUGUAUUAAGUGUAGGGUGUAGUAUUUAUUACAUCAUGUAAUAUUGAGAUCAGGUAGGACAUUAUUACAUGCUCACUAGAAGCGAGUACAUUUAAUACCCAUUGUACAGCGCUACGGAAUCUGAUGGCGCUAUAUAAAUAAUAAUCUUAAGAUCGGACAGUAAAUUGUUGCAUACUUUGCAGGAGAAAUCCUCAGAUGUCCAAACCGUUUGUAUCAUUCUUACAAUGCCCUUCCCCGUUCUGUAUUGCUUCCAAGUGGGGAAAAAUGUAAACAAUCUGUUACUCAAGGAUAACACAUGACUCUAAAGGAACAAUCUAGGCACCAUAACCACUACAGUACACUGUAAUGGUUAUAGUGCCAGGAAUCCCUGGGUGCUGUCCCACCUUUCAAACCAUUAACAGUUUGACACAUAACCAUACUCCUACAUUAUCAUACCAACCGAUACCACAUUUAGAUGGUAUUUAGUGGCUGUCAGCCAAUGAAUACUGUUCAAACCUGGCAUUAAUUUGUUAUGAUAAUUUAGACCUAUUCAGAAAGUGGCUCCCUUUCAGACAAAUCAUCCAUCAAUGGUUUGACAGUUUAUUGAUGAACCGCACCCAUGGACUCCUGGCACCAUAACCACUACAGCAGAUGCUCCUGAUAAGUAGUCCUAAGCGAUUACAAUAGUUGUAGCGGAGAGGCAGUAUGAUCCACGAUAUCUCCGCUGGGUAACAGGAACAACAAAGGAUAAUCCAGGGAAUCAGCAUAUAGUAAUCCAAACAGCACUGCAGUAACCCUUCCUUCCCAAGGACUAGACGACACAUAGGCUGGGAGUCAACUGAGGUUUUAAUCACAGGUCACAGUAUUUAUGCAAUUCCCCAUGCAAGGGGUUUCCAAACUGACAUCACAGGGGUUGUACAGGAGGGGACUACAUGGGGGACUUACAGUACCACAUAUUUCUCCCAUCAGGCACCGCUGCACGAGAGGGAUCAUCCUCCCAGAAUGCACCGUUAAGGGGAUUAUCCCCUCGAGCAGCAGAACCGGCAAUUCACAUAAAAAUCUACAACUGGUAUAAUAUACGGUGGAUUUACACGAAUGGACGUUCGGUAGAUAGCUGGGGUCUGGGUGCAUCAUUCGUGAGAUUGCCGCUCAGAUCCCAGCUAAAAUAACCGAACGCCGCACAGAAAACACAUUUCUUUCCAAACCCACGAAAAGAACCGAUUGCUUUUAGUGAACCUGGUCCUGAAACUCCCGAACGUCCUGGAGGCUCAGCGGUGUUCGUGCCGUCGAAUAACUGUUGGUAAUGCUAUGCGUUCGACGACACGGACCCGCUGAAGAACCAGGGAUCCAAGAUGGCCGACCGCCGCAUGGUCGGUAGUCGAACGACGGCCACCCAGGAGAGCCUCUAAUAACCGAUUGCAACAAUGUUGCAAUCGGUUAACUAGCGCCACACGCCUCUAAGUGUGUGGGCUAUUAGGGGGUAUCGCAUUCGUUUCACGAACGGCCCUCCAAAGUGCCGUUCGCGAAACGAACGGGAAUCCCCAUACAAACCGCCAUUUGCAUUCGGCGGAACAGAUAGGUACAGGUAAAGCAGGGAAUACAGGAAGCAGGCACAUACAGUUACAACGCAUCUCUCUCCAGACCUAUAGGCAACCCUUAAAGGCAUAGUGUCCAGUUAUAGUCUGAGUGGCUAGGUUUGCCACAAUGCUCCCCCAGAACCAAGCCGGCAUACACAGUCUGAUCCCAACGGAUCGGCUUGGGGAUGUCCGGAGGAGUACUCACGAAUCACGGCUCCAAGUCUGUUUGUCUAGACAACCCGUCGGCGUUGCCAUUCUGCUUCCCAGGGCGGUAGUGGAUAGUAAAGUCAAAAGGCUGCAGCGCCAAACUCCAGCGCAGCAGCCUGGCAUUGUCUCCGGACACCCUGUUCAGCCACACCAACGGGUUGUGAUCCGUGAGUAAAGUGAAGGGUUGCCCGUAUAAGUAGGGUUGCAACUUCUUGAGGGCCCACACCACAGCCAGGCACUCCUUUUCAAUGGCGGCGUAGCUUACUUCCCUGGGUAAAAGUUUUCGGCUUAGGUAAGCUACGGGGUGCUCGCCGCCAUCGGGUCCAACUUGGCUCAGUACUGCUCCCAAUCCAAACAUAGAAGCGUCUGUGUGGACGAGAAAGCGUUUAGUUGGAUCAGGAGCAGAAAGUACAGGAGAAUUAACCAGCGCCGUCUUGAGCUGUUGGAACGCCUGCUCACACUCUGGGGCCCAGACUACUAACUUAGGGAGGUUCUUGCGGGUCAGGUCUGUGAGGGGUUUGGCGAGGGCGCUAUAGUUGGCCACAAACUUCCGGUAGUACCCGGCGGUCCCUAGAAAGGCGAGCACUUGGGUCUUGGUGCGAGGGGUAGGCCAUUGGGCGACUGCCUCUAUUUUAGCAGGUUCGGGUUUCUGUUGCCCACUCCCUACCCGGUGUCCCAGAUACUGGACUUCCGCCAUACCGAUAUGGCAUUUGCUGGGUUUUAGGGUCAGUCCGGCCUCUCGGAUUCGGUCUAGAAUGGCUCCUAUGUGAACCAGAUGUUCGUGCCAGGAGUGGCUGAAUAUGGCGAUAUCAUCUAGAUACGCGCAGGCAUACUCCUGGAACCCAUCUAAUAGUCUGUCCACCAUUCUCUGGAAGGUAGCUGGAGCGUUUUUCAUCCCGAAUGGCAUGACCUUAAACUGAUACAGGCCAAACGGGGUGACAAAAGCCGACUUAGGGAUGGCGUCGUCCGCUAAGGGAAUCUGCCAGUAUCCUUUGCACAAGUCUAUAGUGGUUAGGUAUUGACCCCUGGCCAUUUUGUCGAGGAGUUCGUCUAUUCGGGGCAUGGGAUAUGCGUCAGAGGUCGUUUUAUCGUUGAGCCGUCGGUAGUCUACGCAGAAACGGGUCGUCCCGUCCCGUUUCGGCACCAGUACUACCGGGGAGGCCCAGGGGCUGUCCGAGUGCUCUAUUACUCCUAGCUGAAUCAUCUCCUCAAUUUCCUUGCGCAUAUUCUCCUUGACUGCUUCUGGAGUGCGGUAGGGGGGUUGGCGCAAGGGGGUCGAAUCUAACGUUUCUACCUUAUGGGUAGCCAACGGGGUAUAGCCGGGUAAAUUGGAAAACGUGGCCUUCUUUUCCCGAAGCAACUUUUGUACCUGGGCCCGUUCUUGGGUAUUUAAUCUUUCUCCUAACUGUACCUCUCCCAGAUCUCCGCUCUGGCCCUCUUGGUCUAGGAGAUCGGGUAGGGGUAGGUUAUCAAAAUCUUCCGUGGCAGGGGCACAGAUUGCGGUGACUUCCUCAGUCCGUUCGUGGUAUGGCUUGAGCAUGUUCACAUGGAGCAUGCGUUUGCCUCCCACGCCGGUAACCGGGCCGAUCACAUAGGUGGUGUCACAGAUCUGUUCCACCACCUUGUAUGGGCCCUGCCAGGAAGCCUGCAGCUUAUCUUUGUGGACGGGUCGCAGGAUUAGGACUUUCUGCCCCACCUGAAAGCUGCGGUCCCUGGCUCCCUUAUCAUACCAUCGGCGCUGUCGUUGUUGCGCUACCUGGAGAUUGUCUCGGACGGUCUGGGUUAGCCUCUCCAGGCGUUCCCGGAACUCGAGCACAUAUGGUAAGAUAGGGGUGCCAUUAACGGUUUCGUCUCCCUCCCAGUGUUCCCGUAUCAAGUCAAGAGGUCCCCUCACUCUCCUCCCGAAUAAUAAUUCGAACGGAGAGAAUCCGGUGGAUUCUUGCGGCACUUCUCGAUACGCGAACAGUAGGUGGGGUAAGAACCGCUCCCAGUCCUUUUGGGUGUCCAUGAACGUGCGGAUCAUUUGUUUUAGGGUUCCGUUAAAUCGUUCACAGAGCCCAUUGGACUGGGGGUGGUAUGGGGAGUUGAGGAUUUGUUGUAUCCCACAUAUUUUCCAGAGCUGAUGGGUCACUUCCGCAGUAAACUGGGUGCCUCUAUCGGAGAUAAUCUCCCGGGGAAAUCCUACCCGGGUGAAUAUCCUCAUCAGGGCCUCGGCUACCGUUUCUGCGUGUACGUUCGUUAGGGCCACUGCCUCGGGGUACCGGGUGGCGUAGUCCACCACAGUUAGGACAUACUUCUUGCCGGAGGGGCUGGGUUUUGCGAGGGGACCUAUAAUGUCUACUGCCACCCUACUGAAUGGUUCUUCAAUGAUGGGCAGAGACCGUAGUCGGGCUUUGUAUCUGUCCCCCCUCUUGCCUACCCUUUGGCAGGUAUCGCAGGUCUGACAAUACCGCUUAAUAUCCUGGGAAAUACCUGGCCAAAAGAAAUUCUGGGUCAGCCUGUGCUUGGUCCGACUGAUGCCUAGGUGUCCAGACAGGGGGAUAUCAUGGGCUAUGCGUAACAGCUCUAACCUAUAUUUUCGAGGCACUAUUAGCUGUUUAAUGGGCAACGGUAUUGACCCGGACACUACCUUCUCUGCGUGCCGAUAUAGUAGCCCUUUGUCCCAGAUAUACCUUUCCCCCUCUAACCCAGCUUGAUUUUUAUCCAUGCGAUCUUUGUACACCUGUAACGAAGGAUCUAGGGCUACUUCGGCCCCGAACUCUAUGGAAUUGGCCCAGGGCAGGGUAGGGGGUAGGGGAGGGUCAUUGCUUACCUGAGCCUCAGAGUGUUCGAAUGGUGCAGUGGUGCGGGCCUGUUGCCGGGUCACAACCGGGUAUGCUUCUUGUACGGUGGGCUGGGGAACAAAAGCCGAAGUCAGCUCCCCCAAAUCGUUGCCCAAAAUCACAUCCGCUGGCAAGUCUUGCAUCAUCCCCACAUAUACAUUCCCGUGCCCCGCUCCCCAAUUCAAGUGCACCUUGGCCGUGGGUACUUUGUAAAUGGCUCCCCCAGCCACCCGCACAGCCACACAGUCCCCCGUGAGCUUGGGCUUUGGUACCAGAUGACUGCGGACUAGAGUUAGGGUGGCUCCCGAGUCACGAAGUCCUUGCACUUUCCUCCCCUCCAUGUGUACUUCCUGGCGGUGCCCUUGGCGGUUAUCGGAGGCGGCCUGGAUAGGGUUCACCUCGUGUAGAGUACCGAGGGGUUCCUCCCGGGUCGUCCCCAACUCCAGAUUUUGGUCGGAUUCGGUCUGUAGACAGUGGAUUGCGGCACGGUUGCUCUGGGCGGCGUUAUUCCAGCUGGGUCGAGGCCGGUUCCGUGGGCAGUCUCUCUGGAUGUGCCCCUGUUGGUUGCAGGUAUGGCACCGGAUUGGUGGACGUGUUGAAUAUCUGGGGGGGUAGGAAUUCUGAUUUACCCCUGGUCGCUGGUACGUUGCGGGGCCCCCUGGAGGGCUGGCCGUUGUAGGGGGGAUGGUGGUUCGGGUUGGUAGGGGUUGAUCUCUCCGAUUGUCCUGGAAAUCGUCUGCCAUAUUAGCCGCUUCCUGCAGGGUGUGUGGCUUUCUGUCCCGGAUCCAGUUUUGUAGGUAGGUCGGGACGCCAUUGAAGAAUUGUUCCAGUACCAUUAGCUGGAACAGACCCUCCAAUGUAUCAACUUGGGCGGCCUCCAGCCACCCUUUGGCAGCUCGUUGUAGCUGGUGCGCCCACUCCACAUGGGUGUCCUUACUGGGUUUUUUAAUGUCCCGAAACUUCUUUCGGUAUGCCUCUGAGGUGAUGGCAUACCGGGCUAGGAUGGCCCGUUUUACUUUAGCGUAGUCUCUACUAUCCUCGUCUGGUACUGCCCGGUACGCUUCGGCGGCUCGCCCAGAUAAUCUCCCCGCUAGUAGGGGUACUCUGUCUGCAUCAUUAAUCUCGUGCAGCAAACACAGUCUCUCGAAAUCCUGUAAAUAGUCGUCAACGCCACCCUCUGUCUCCACAUAGCUUUUGAAGGCUUGAUAUGGGAUUUUGGUUUUCCCUGGGAAACUAUGGACUGGCGUUGCGGCUCUUUCUCUGGCUUGCUGGUUUCCUGGCGGUCCCCUAGCCAUAAUGUACUCCUGUACAUCGGCGAACAGCCGGUUAAACAUUUCUGUAGAUGGUGGUUCCGGAAAUAAAGCCAGUCGUGCUCGGAAUUCCGCUGUAAAUUCGUUGUUUUGUCCCUCCAUUUGAGGUGCUGCAGCAGCUGCGGCUCUGUCUCCUUCCAUGAGCUCCGUAAUUAGGACAGCCUUUGCCUUGUUACUGGCGAUUGCUCCUCUUGCUUCCAGCAGCUCCUUUAAUGUGCUCCGUUUUAGCAGGGUGUAAUCUGUUCCCAUUCACCUGCUGUUCGUGAGGUUUAUUCGAAUGCGCUGAUUCCCGAAUGCUUGUUCCUUGAUUCGUUUAAAAAUCUGCCGAACGUUGCUUUGCUGUGUAAAUUCAAUCCCGUCGCUUGCCACCAAUUGUAGCGGAGAGGCAGUAUGAUCCACGAUAUCUCCGCUGGGUAACAGGAACAACAAAGGAUAAUCCAGGGAAUCAGCAUAUAGUAAUCCAAACAGCACUGCAGUAACCCUUCCUUCCCAAGAACUAGACGACACAUAGGCUGGGAGUCAACUGAGGUUUUAAUCACAGGUCACAGUAUUUAUGCAAUUCCCCAUGCAAGGGGUUUCCAAACUGACAUCACAGGGGUUGUACAGGAGGGGACUACAUGGGGGACUUACAGUACCACAUAUUUCUCCCAUCAGGCACCGCUGCACGAGAGGGAUCAUCCUCCCAGAAUGCACCGUUAAGGGGAUUAUCCCCUCGUGCAGCAGAACCGGCAAUUCACAUAAAAAUCUACAACUGGUAUAAUAUACGGUGGAUUUACACGAAUGGACGUUCGGUAGAUAGCUGGGGUCUGGGUGCAUCAUUCGUGAGAUUGCCGCUCAGAUCCCAGCUAAAAUAACCGAACGCCGCACAGAAAACACAUUUCUUUCCAAACCCACGAAAAGAACCGAUUGCUUUUAGUGAACCUGGUCCUGAAACUCCCGAACGUCCUGGAGGCUCAGCGGUGUUCGUGCCGUCGAAUAACUGUUGGUAAUGCUAUGCGUUCGACGACACGGACCCGCUGAAGAACCAGGGAUCCAAGAUGGCCGACCGCCGCAUGGUCGGUAGUCGAACGACGGCCACCCAGGAGAGCCUCUAAUAACCGAUUGCAACAAUGUUGCAAUCGGUUAACUAGCGCCACACGCCUCUAAGUGUGUGGGCUAUUAGGGGGUAUCGCAUUCGUUUCACGAACGGCCCUCCAAAGUGCCGUUCGCGAAACGAACGGGAAUCCCCAUACAAACCGCCAUUUGCAUUCGGCGGAACAGAUAGGUACAGGUAAAGCAGGGAAUACAGGAAGCAGGCACAUACAGUUACAACGCAUCUCUCUCCAGACCUAUAGGCAACCCUUAAAGGCAUAGUGUCCAGUUAUAGUCUGAGUGGCUAGGUUUGCCACAAUAGUCCUCAAAUAUUGCUAGCUGCCUGUGUAGAUUUAAAUGGGGCGAAAGCAAACCAUAAAAAUGACACAACUGAUGGUACGAAAAGGCUUCCACGUAAGUUGGUUACCAAUCCUGGAGUCAAGGAAUCCCCUGUACUGAGUGCAUGUGGGGGAUGUAAUCCCCUUGUAUAGAGUGACACAUGGUGGAGCCUUCAAUGCUGUCAAAGCAAAAAAUUGGUUUAAUAAGUAACCUCAGAACCUUUUUAAAGGGAAAAAUAUAGAAAAUAUCACCACAGUGUAUGUAGCAAUAGUGCUGCUUCUUUUCAAUAUGCUAAUUCCAUAAAUAUAACAUAUUGGUGAAUUAUGGGUUCAGUACUGACACCCCAGCAGCCUCUCCUUGGUGACAGAAUUCUCUAUGUCCCACUGUAGCUUUUGUUUCACCAAGGUAAGGGUUGCAUCCUCACGAUAUUUGUGGUCACAGACUUCUUCAGGUUUAGGGGAUCCCACUAACUAAUCCGUUAUUAGAGAUACAUUUUCUUGUUUCAUUUGGGUUUACAACUUUAUCCCCCAAACGUCUGUGUGUCCUGGGUCCUGGUAGGGCCUCAGUGAUGCAUUACAUUCUGACAUAAUGCCACGACCAGAAUAUAAUGGUAAACUGCUCACCUAAAUCUUAGAGGCUCUACAUUAUAUGUGUUAAACUGACAGGACAGGCUCCAUUGCCAGCUGAACACUUGUGGCAGGUAUUCCCUCUUGUAAAUGGCAUUUCUCUAAUUGAAGCUCAUUGAAUUGUGUUUUGUUAUAUAUAUAUAUAUAUAUAUAUAUAUAUAUAUAUAUAUAUAUAUAUAUAUAUAUAUAUAUAUAUAUAUAUAUAUAUAUAUAUAUAUAUAAUACUAGUGGGUCGGGGAAGCUGCAGGCAGUUCAGGAAUUUGGGAUUCUGGCAGAUGGUUUGUUUUCAUUGGACCCUUAGCAGGUAUUUUAGGUUGUUUUGAUAUUUGGAGAGGUUUCCUGCAUGUGCUAGGACUUAGGCCAUUGUUUUUGAAUGGAAAUGUUUUUGUUGGGAAGUUUAAAAUUUAAUUAGAGGGGAGGUGGAUUGGAACAUUAUAUAUUUAUUUGAUUAAUGGAUGUCUUACAGAGUAUGUUACAUUCAUUCACGAUGUGCCUGUCUUGGGUGACAGGUGGCAUACUGUCCUUGUCACAUCUCCUCACUUGAUGCUGUCCCUGGCCUGGUCCCUUGCUGUUAACACCCUCUCAGUGCUUUAAUCCAUGACAGCUGUCUGAUUAGACAAUUUUCCCAAUAUGGGUCUCCAUUUAAUAAUUUGGGGUAAGCUUUUCAGUUGAUCACAAACACCCAUGAACUUUAAUGUUGUCCUCCAUAGAUAAAUCUUUUGAAAAGUUAAUCCUAAAAUAUUAAAUCAAGGCUGGGGUAUUUGUAUAUUUGUUUAGGAAUCCAGUGGUUAAACUCUCUACAUCUCACUGUUUAGUAACUACAUUCCCUGCUGUUACGAAGUCGAUGGACUUGCUACGGCACAGCGAUCGUUCAUAAACCGAGGUUUUGCUCAGGAAUAUAACACCAACUAUUUCCCCUCUCGCAGACAUGAAUUAUUUAUCGAACAAAAACAGAACGGCACAAUGGACUUCUCCCGGGUUUAUUUAAUAACAAUAUGCAUUGUAGGUUCAAUAGUGAAUGCAAACAUCGGGUUUGGAUUUACAGAUCACAUUCAGAGCUCCUGACCGCAAGCUGUCUCUCUAUACAUUGUCUGACCGUUUCAUCAAAAUAACUUGGCUGUAUUUAAUAUCCCAUUACAAAAUGCUGAGCAGUAACACAUGGGCCCUUACUUUUAUUUUUUUAAAUUUUUUAGGUUCCUUCACUGUACAGACCUGCCAAAACAAAGGAUUUACAUAAUCCUGGUUCUAAAGGAGUUAUAAUAAUAAUAAUAAUUAUUAACCCUGUGCGUUUCAUAUCCCUCUAUCCGUAAAGGGUUAAAUCUGAUCAAUCCUAUCCUCAACCAUAUACAAUGUACUCAGAAAGUAUUCGGACCCCUUCAUUUUUUUAUGUUGCAGCCUUAUGCUACAAUUGUUAAAAUUAUUUUUCCCCCCUAAUUUUUGAAAACUUUGCAAGUUUAUUAAACAUAUAUAAAAAAACUAAAAGAUACACAAUAGUCAUCAGAACCACUACAGCUAAAUAUAGUGAUUCUCGUGUCUGUAGUCUGUUUCUGCAGGCUUAGUAUUGUAAACGCUACAUUGCUGCCUAGGGCCACCCCCAGUGGCUAUCACUCAGACAUCCACUGGAGGGACUUCCUGGGUAAGGUCUGCAAUGUUUGAAGGACCAACACUGACAUGCAUUGGACAUGCAUUAAUUCAUUGUAUCUCUAUGAGGAGAUGCUGUUUGGUUCAUCGUGGCUUUUGGCUGCUCAUGUGCACUAACCUCUUAAUGCUUUCCUAUGGAAAAUCAUUGGAUUGUUGAGAUCAUCAAGAUUGAUAAUCUAAUCCAAGGAGGAGGAGAGGGCACUGUUUUGUGGGAGCAAAGGUAAGUACAAUCCCUUUUUCCUUCAAGUGGGGGUUGGUACCUUAACCAGUGAGCAAGUCAUUAUAGCAUUAGUACAUGUUUAUAUUCCUAAUGCUAUAGUAUUCUUUUACAUAGAACAGUGACAAAGUAUUCAGACCCUGGCACCUUCUGACAGUACAAUGACCUUAAUCACGAGUGACUUGGGGACAGCUCUGUGAAUGUCCUCGAGUGGCCCAGCCAGAGCCCAGACGUGAACCCAAACAAACAUCUCUGGAGAAACCUGAAAAUGGCUGUCAGCCGACAGUCCCCGUAUAACCUGACAGAGCUUGAGAGGAUCUGCAGAGUCACAUGGCAUGAACUACCAAAUUCCAGGUGUGCAAAGCCUGUUGCAUCCUGCUAAAAAAAUACUUUAGGCUGUGAAUAGCUGUCUAAGGUGCUUCACGAAGUGAGUUAAGGGUCUGCAUACUUAUGUGAAUGUGAUAUUUCAGGUUUAUUCUCCUUGACAUGUUUGCAAUAGUGUCAACGAUCUGUUUUUGCUUUGCUUGGUCAUUGAGUGUAGACUGAUGUGAAAAUAAAUAACGAGUAUAAACAAUUGUAACAUGACGCUGCAAUCUAGAAAAAUAAAGCGAUCUAAAUGCUUUCUGAUUUCUGGCUGGUCAUUGUGCCCUAGGUGGGAACACUCAGUUUAUUCAAUCCUUUUGCAGAGUUUCCUGUAGCAACCUUUUGUACUGAUUUCCUGUUUUCAAUCAGAGCUCUUUGCAUCUAAUCGGAAUUAGAUGAGUCUGAGUGUGUGGUGGCAAUGAUUGAAUCGUGUUGCGUAUUAUGGCUUUCUAUAGACAAAUGAUCUUUUCUCUUAAAUUUCUGGUCAGAGGAAGGUGUGCCAGAUGUACCCAGGUAAACCUAAUAAAGGACAGAUUUUCCCCUUCUUUCUCCUUUCUGGUAACAAUAUGCCAUUUGGCAUAACAAUUACUUAAUACCGCUCUUCUUUUUUUCUGGUUGAAGAUAAUGAAUGUACCAAUUUGCUAUCCAUAUUGAUACUUGGUUGAAUACAUUUUUUAGUUAAUGGAUGCUAUGUAAAAUUUAGCUUGUAAUUGUUUUUUAUUUAUUUAUUUUAAAGACACGAGGCUUACUUUAAGUAAUUUUUUUUUUCUUUAUAAAUAAUUUUAGGUUUUUAUUACCAAAGAGGUUAGCAUUUAUAAAAACAAUAUUCCCAAAGGUGAAAUUACUGGGUGCAUAUUCUCAUGCGAAGUCUGUUCAGAACUCGGUUUUGCAGGAUGUGACCCCCGUUUCCCAACUUGUUUGGCUGAUGACAUCCGAGGAAACUGUAAUUUGUUUUCCUAGAACACAAUCUACGUUAACGCUGCAUAUAUACCGGAACCCAUAGAUUCCUGUCUUACAUGAGUGCGCUAUGGGAGUGAGUGUGUGUGCGCGGUUAAAAGUCUAUAUUUACCUGCAUUUUAAUAUUUUGCUAGUGUGAGAGUUUACAGAGAAUAAUUUUACAAUUUCCUUUGUUCUGACAGGGCUGCAAGAUGACCUGGAUUUGAAGUUCCUGCUGACGGGGAGCGAGCUGUACAAAUUAAAAUCGGGGUCAUGGCGGAGAGCGCGCUAUUACAAGCUGCAGGAAGACUGCAAGACUAUCUGGCACGACUCCAGGAAAAUCCUCCGGUCACCUGGUAGCCAGACAUGUGAGUAGGGGCAUUGAAACCUAAAAUGGCCACCGUGGAUUUAUGGAUAUCCAUUAAACCCUUCUAAUUUUUACAUCCACUCUUCUAAUAGCCACACAGGUCCGUGAUUCUAUAAAUUAUGUGAAAUUUUGAUUAGUCUAUCGAUUUGUGUCAUUAAAGUGUUACUUCAAGCACCAUGACCACUUCACUGAUUUCACCUUGUCAUGGAGUCUCCAUGUGUGUUUUGCUACAAAUUCAGAGAUUAUGGCAUCAUCAUAAGAAAAUCCAGAACUAAGUUACUGCUCACUAAUGUCUAUUCUUCACAAAAUUUGCAUCUGAUGUCCAGACAGCCAUUGGUGGCAAGCCCCCCCUCCCUUCCCGGCCUUGCCUCACCUGUCCUCCAUUCAGUCUGUCCUCCCGACCCCUCAGCCAAACAGCAUUGGGUUGGGGGAAGAACUUGGACUUGUCAAUGAAAAAGAGGCAAGUUGUUUUUAUUAUUUUAUCAUAAUAUGAUUUAUAUGUUUUUAUCAUUAUGAGAUAUUACUUUCCCCUGUUAUGGGCUCAGUAAUCCUGAAUGUGUGGGUGUUCCCUGCUUGCUUGCUUGAGAAGCACAAUACGUGCCAGAAACGACAUCUCAUGGAGGAGAGCAGAGGAACCGCUCUAGGAGUGUUCUACUAUACUCCUGUCAGUCAUUCCUCACUAUACAUGCUGUGUGAUGCAAAUCCCUCUAUGCCAGUGGUUCUCAAACCAGUCCUUGUGGCCCACCAACAGUCCAGUAUUUAUGUAUUUCCCUGUUUUAUUCCAAUGGAGAUACUAACAAAACCUGGACUGUUGGUGGGUCUUGAGGACUGGUUUGAAAACCACAGCUCUAUGCAGAGGACCGAUUGGCAGUUAAAGGGAGGGGAUGCUUUUUCAUAAGAUUUUGAUGAAAAUUCUCUAGCUCUGUGAGACGGCUUCUAAAGGCUGUAGCAGUGUAACUAUACACUGAUUGUAGAGUUAUUUUAGAGUUAUUGUGGUGCUUACAUGGAGAAGUCUAAAAGCAGAAGUUGGACAGGUUGCUGCUGUAAAUGUCUCGAAUAAUACUCAGCGAAAGUUCCUUUGCUGUUAAAAUAACUAUAAAGAUUGUAGCUGUACAGGAAAAAAACUGUUUUUGUAAAGUGACUCAUAGGUGCUGUUUGAGCUACAACUGUCAUAAACCAAGACUUUGUCACGCCGGGCGUUUAAAAAAAAAAAAAACCCUACAGGAAGCCAAACGUAGAGCUCAGUCCUUCUCCUGAAACUGACUGAUUAUAGUGGCUACGGAUGGCAUACACACCAUCAGACUGGGCAUGCGGCAUUGUAUAUAGUAUCAGUGACUAGUUAUUUCAUUGAUGUGGCUGUUUAUCUUUUAUUCAACUACCUAACCAAGGCUCGUGCGUGAAUGUCUACAUUUUAUUUUGUGUUAUACUUUGCAGAACAAUGGACUCUGAGACAUAGAAUAUACUAAUCACUAUUAUUUAUUGAGAUAUUGUUGUAAAUAGAGCCCUGAGAUAAUAUUAUGAAUCCAAAUCUAUGCUGCUAUGGUUCUGAGGCUGAGCACCGCCGUCCUUGACAGGAAUCCCGCCAUGAGCCGCUAUAUUUCAGACAAAGCAUUUCGGCAGUAUGUUGUGCUAGUGGAUCAAAUAUGCUUCUCCCCAUCUUUAUGUUUCCGUUAACGAAUUUAUUUGUGAAAUUAAUUGAUUACAUUAAACUGAAUACCACCUGAUUAUCUGAACAUCUGCCAAUGGCCGUUUCUCUUGAAAGGAAAACCAAUUGGUUAUAGUCUCUUGUGUCUAUACACACUGAUACCGCCUGCUCGUCCAUAAUACAUUAUAUAUGAAGCAGAGGCGUAACUAGAAACCACGGGACCCGGUGCAAAAAUUGCCAAAGCUCACUGUUGUCCAAUGCCAGCAUCCGUCACAAGUGAUGGCUGAAGGAUUCAACCAUUGUCUCACGAAUCGCGGGAUCCUCCAUAGACCUUGGUAUUGUGUUCUUCACAUUUCAAUUUUUUUUUAACCUUUUCUCCAGCACUGAGACUUCCUUGGUGCUGCCGCCUGUGCCUCCUUCCGCAACGUAAUCCUGCUCUUGAGCCAAUGGCCAGUCCAGUUUCCUCUUAAAGAAGCAUUGAAAACUGAAGUGUGUGUGUGUGCGCGGAAAGCACCGCUCGCAUGCAAAUGCUUCUCAUAGGAAAGUAAUAUAUUUAGUGCAGCGCCUCUAGGGCCUUUCUGGAAAACUGCCACUAUAGGUGUGUUUAAUCCUGCAAUGUAAACAUUGCCGCUUGUACUAAACCUUGGAUUGAUAAAAUUACAGGACACCCAGAUCACUUCAUUGAGAUGUAAUAGUCUGGCUGACUUUAGCGGUCCUUUAAAACCAUGAAUACUGUAAAUGGUGCUUUCCUUUCCUGGAGUGCAGGAGUUAAUGCUUUUUAUAAUUAAUGAUCGUAAUAACCUGGCUAUGAGCACUGGGCAUUUACAAGCAGCUGGGCAAUUCUUUGUUUUUUUAUUUCAAUACCUGUUCUUUGUCUGCAGUACAAUUGGUCUGGUCCUUCGUAGAAAUGUGUACAGAGAAACAUGGAUCAUAUCAAUGUUAAUAUUUGCAGUGUCAUACAAGGGCCUCAAAUAGAUCAUGUCAUAUUAUUUGCUAUAGAAUCCAUUAACAAGAGCCCAAAUUUUCUGUUUUAGAUAGAGAUGGAACCUAUUAUCUUGACCGGAUUUGGCCUUUAUUCUGUCUGCGUUUCACUACGACACUUCUGCAAAAACGGAACUCCCAUAGACCUUGCUAUUUAUCAGAGUGCUAACUCAGGAGCCUGGUAUGUUUCUGUAUUUGCAAAUAAAGAGGUGCAAUGCAGAACUCGGUGUAAUUAUACUUAUAGCAGAAUAUCAGAAUUCCCCUAUCGCUACUGGAUAAAAGAUAUUCAGUGUUUCCUCCAGCAGCUCAAAGCAUACAGAACUCUAGCUCACCAACAAAGCAUGAAAGUAUAAGAAAUCUAGAAUUCCCUUGUGUCGAUCAAAUGGAGGAGAAUUCUGGAAAUAUAGCCAUAAUCCUACCUGUAUCUUUUCAAUCUUUUUCAAAUUUUACUGGAAAUUUCACCUUUUCAAUCUAAAUAUUAAUUUUAAAAAAAAUCCAAGAACCUAAAUGUAAAGCUUACCUUGAAUCCAGAACUGGGCCCAGUUCUUCCCUUGCUUUUAUGAUGUCACACCGCAUCGUUGCUUCCCUCUCCAAGGUCCAAUCAAAUGCUGCUUAUAGAGAAACCCCAAUCAGCCUUUUCUGAUAGAGAAGCAUUAAAUACAAUGAUUCUGUAUCAGAAGCUGUGAACGUUAAACCUCACGUUUUCAUGGUGUGAAAGUUCAUGCCAAUCCGAAUGCUGGGAGGAGAAGCAGAAAGGCACGGAGGGCUGCGAAGAAAGUAGAGGUGUGGGGAGUAGAAUAAACCGAGGGAAGGGCAGGCUCGCUCACAGCACUGCUGGAGAAGUUGAUUACCCCCUUUCGCCAAUGAUCGAUGCGUGCGAAUGACGCACAGAACUAACAUUAGGCAGAGUUCAUGUCCUGGGAUUUCAAACUGGAACACUGAAUAUACAGAUUGCUUGAUCCAUGGCCACUUAAAGGAGAUGUUGCCAUGGAGGUUGGAGUAUUUUGUGGAUGACGGAGUAAUUUUAAUGCUAAACGUUCCAUAUCAAGGUGUUUUCCAUAAUUCUCUGAUUUUUCAUACUCUUUGAUCACCUUUCACACCAAUUCUGACAAAUUCUUCCUGCUUUAAUAUGGUUGUGAACUGGCAAUGUCCUAGCCCGUACUCGUGAUUACGGUGUGUGAGGUUGGUGACUCACUGUGAAUCAAUUCAGUGAUUCAAACAUUUCCAGCAAAUUUUUUUAUUUUUUUUUGCUUUUGCUCCUCCCCCCAACAAAUGUUUUUAAAUUAUUUUAAAUACAACAGAAAAACAUGGUGUGUCAGAUUUACAUUACCGAGCACCCCGAUUUAUUUUGGCUACAGGUUAAGCAGCUAUGGUAUUGGGCUGCCCGCCUCGGGCCAUUUGGGGUUUAGACUGACUUUAGUUGUUUCCCAUUUGGAGUGCCGCUGGGAAUAACAGGGUCCCCCCGGCACACACUAUGCAAAAUAUUCACACAGAUACAUGGAUAUGAAAGUAAAACCAUAAUCAUACAUGAUGUAGAGAAAUAAGUUAGGAAAACGCCUUACGGACAGGUUAAUUGAUCUAGAAAAUAAAAAUUAAUUUCCACUUGUCCAAACAGCUGCUGUGGGGUCAGUCUUAAAGGGACACUGUAGGCACCCAGACCACUUCAGCCAAUUGAAGUGGUCUGGGUGCACUGUCCCUUUUGCAAUUAGUGCUGCAAUGUUAAACAUUGAUGUUCCAGGGAAACUACCAUGUUUACACUGCAGCACUAAGUCCGCCUUCAGUGGCUAUGUACCAGACAGUGGUGUAUUUAGUAUUUGUACUGCCCUAGGCAGGACGGUCCCUGGAAAUCCCCCCCCCCCCCUUAUUUAAAUUUUCUCCACCCCUUCCUGUCAAGGCAGCACUUUGAUUGACAGACGCACACUCACUGACUGACGCAUACUCAUUGGCAGACACACACUCUCAUAUACACUGACAAACAAUGACAUACUCACUGAUUUGACACACAGAUAGACAGACACACACUAUUACUUGGACACACGCUGACAGACUCACACUCACCGGCAGACGCAUACUCUCACCGGCAGACGCAUACUCUCACUGACAGACAGCCACACAGUGACCGACAUACACACAAUCACUCAGAUACCCACUGACAGACAUACACACACUGACAGCAAGACACACACAAUCACUCAGACACACUGACAGACCCCCCUCUCCCCAACAUUAAUUAAUAAAGAUAACUUUUUCUAUUUUAGUUUAAAUCCACCUAGCCUCCCUACCUUUGGAAGAGCUGGGUGGAUUUUUUUUUUUACCUUUUUGCCAGUGGGUCUUCUUGCAGGGAGGCAGGCAGGCACUUGGGCGGCUAAGUAGAAAUCCAGGCGGGCGGCACUGGCAAGGGAGCACUGAUUAGUGAGCUCUCUGCACCGCUCCCUUGCGCGCCGCAGAGUGAUGCCGGGAGCCGGAAUAUGACGUAAUCAGGGCUCCCUCUCCAGCGCCACUCGCCCGCAUCGAUUUCUACUUAGCCGAAUGCCGCCAGGCUAACAAGGUAUUUGCCUGGGCAUUUGGAGGCGACAUUUUUUGCCGCCCUCUGGAAAGUGCCGCCCAAGGCAAAUGCCUUGUUUGCCUCGCGGCAAAUACGUCCCUGGUACCAGACAGCCACUGGGGGAGCUUCCCCAACUUGAAAUCGACCUUUGAUCUGGUAUCUGACGCUCGACAUCCUCACACUCUGCAUGAGGAACUCCAGCGCAUGCCCUAUAGACCACGCUCGUUGUGUGAUGGAGGAGGGGGCGGAGCGUCGACCCAGCGCUGAGUGACGUCAGCACUGGGAAACGGAAAGUAAAUAAAGGGUUUUUUAACUUUUUAUUUACAGGGGAGGGGGAGCGGUAGUGCCUGGAAUACAGCUUUGUGUUCCUGGCACUGCAGUAUCCCUUUAAGGUUAGGACUCAAAAACAUUUUCACCCAAACCAGAGUUACGGCAACUAAAAACUUUUUGUAACAUUUCUUAUCUCUGUCUCAUUCAUUUUUUGUUGUUGUUGUUGUUGUUACAGAUACAGAAAUUACAGAUACAGAAAUUUGAGUAAGGUAUAUUUUGUGGGUAAACAGGCAUUCGCAAUUUCUGUUAAUACAUUCCCUUUUUCCCUUUAAUGCAAUAACGCUGUGCCCACGCCUGGUGAAAUCAAAGAUCUCUCCUCGCAGAGUUUCCUUUAUCUUCACAGGUUUAUGACGGGACUUUGACCUUGGCACGGGAAGAAAUAAGUGCUCCAUAAGGGAGAGUUUGUAUGUUCCUCUGUAUUGACUCCAAGAGCAGCUUUAAAUGCAGUGCUCGGCCACCUACCAGGGACAUCUGACUUUAUAAUGGGGUUCUUGCUGGUUUGUUACCCCGGAGCUGAUUCUCCGCUCAGAUUCCUUCUCACCAGGGGUUCUUUAGUUUGUGUUUCUAGAAGAAAACAGCUGCGUGUUUGUUUCAGUUGAAAUUCAGAUUCCUAAGGUCUGCUAGGCGACAGUGUUCAUUGUAGUAUGACCUCUCCCUUCCUCACCUAGAUAUUGAGUAUUGUAGAAUGACCUCUCCCUUUUUCACCUAGAUAUUGAGUAUUGUAUCUCUAGCUAGACGGUGGUCUGCUUGGUAAAGCAAAGUCUGUAUUCCUGCAGCAUCUAUGGCCCCGUUGUGGCUGGAUGUGCUCAAAUGAAGGCAUUCCACCUUUGUUCAUAGUUUUAUAAAAAGAACAAUCUCCUUUGUAGAAAAUAUUGUAAUAUAGCAUUUCUUCGUAGAAUGAAUGGACAGACACUGAACACUUUUCAUUAUAUCCGAAACACUUUCUCAGCUGGAUGUCUCUGGUGUUUGUGUAAUACUGCAACUAUUGACUGUAAUCUUUUAGCAUAUUUUCUCCCUUUCUAAUACAAAAUAAAUUUAAAAGCAGGCGUGAUCAGUCUCCUUCCCGCUUUGUGUUUCUUAACUCUUAUAGCAUUUUGUUUUUCAUUACAAAUCUUUGCUAAAAUGUUAACGCAUUCUUCUAUAAAGGAAGCAAAGUUAAUUUGUUGAACACAUUGCCUGUUUCAUCACCUCAGUUUCUAUAUUGCUUGUUUUGGGGUGUACUUAUUCCAUCAGACAUUGGUGGCCAGGUGUAGUCUUAUUGCAGUUUCUGUUUUUGUGUUAACAGUUUGCGUUGAUGACAUUGAGGAUGUGCGGCAUGGCCAUCAGACGGAAGGGAUGCAGAAACACGCCAAGGACAUCCCAGAAGAUCGUUGCUUUUCCAUCAUCUUUAAAGGUCAGCGGAAGAACCUGGACCUUAUUGCUGCCAGUAGUGAGGUGGCUGGUCACUGGACUGUCGGCCUCGAAAAAAUCUUAACCAACUGUAAAUCCAUGAGCCAGAAUCAGAAGCUCAAGCAGUAUCCUUCCAGCUCGGUGUGAUGUACGCAUGAAAUUUAGCCAAACUUGUGGAAUUGGUAUCAGAGGUCAUGGCUAAGAUGGGACAGCGAUGUCCCAUAGAGUAGCAGAUACAUGUUUACUCCUGUUCUGUACAUUUGUUUUCAGAGCUUCCCAGGUUGAUAGAAUGGACACCAUUACAUUAAAAAAAAAAAAUUAUCAUUGAAACACAAACAAGACAAAUGAAGCAUCUGUUUUUUAAAGGUUAAACAAUGUUAAACUGUUCCAGGCCAGAAGUGUAACCCACAGAAUGACGCGGUGGUAAAGAUGUAGAUGGGUAUGAAUGUUCUUCAGGAAAACCAGAAUAAAUGUGAUUUAGCCAUGCUAAAUAUUCCCAUGUAAUCUGUCUGGUGAAGGUAGAGGGAAGCUGCCGCAGUUCUAAUUUUGUAUGAAAUGGCGCACCCCAAUUCACAUUGAAAUACAGUGAGGAUGGAAUCUCCAACAUUUGCAUUGGGAUUGGCUGGCACUAAUCUGUUACCAUUGAGGUAGUUUCUUGCUGGCAUGGCCACCCAUCAGUCACUGGACUAUAUGUACCUGAAAUACAUUUGUUUGUGGAUGAGAUUUAUUUUGAGUGUGAUGCAAAAUUUUAUUUAUUAAUUAAUUUAUUUUUUUCUUGGUGUUCAUUGUGUUUGGAAAAAUAAUAUCAAUCAUAUUAAUCUGCUAUUAGUGGAAUAGCAUGUAGGGUGGUUAUUGUACAGUAUUUUCUGUAGUGAAGGUUAGUGAGGAUGCUUCACUUCUGGUUCUUUAAGUAAAGGCAAAGCUUAGGUUAUGGGGGAAGGAGGCUGGGCCAGUAUCCCAGUACAUGGCCUGAAGACUGGACACUACCUCGCCAGCGGGUUAAAUAAAAUACUGUGUAUCUGGGUGGGCACUUCCUCGCCAGCCGGUUAAAUAAAAUACUGUGUAUCUGGGUGGGCACUACCUCGCCAGCCGGUUAAAUAAAAUACUGUGUAUCUGGGUGGGCACUACCUCGCCAGCCAGUAUACAGCAGGGUAAAUAAAAUACUGUAUAUAUAGGUGGGCACUACCUUGCCAGCAAGGAAUACAGCAGGGUAAAGAAAACCAUAUGUAUCUAGGUGGGCACUACCUUGCCAGCCAGUCUACUGCAGGGUAAAUAAAAUACUGUGUAUUUAGGUGGGCACUAAUUUGCCAGCCAGUCUACAGCAGGGUAAAUAAACCCUGUGCAUCUAGGUGGGCGCUACCUCGCCAGCCAGUAUACAGCAGGGUAAAUAAAACCCUGUGUAUCUAGGUGGGCGCUACCUCACCAGCCAGUAUACAGCAGGGUAAAUAAAACCCUGUAUAUCUAGGUGGGCACUACCUCACCAGCCAGUAUACAGCAGGGUAAAUUAAACCCUGUGUAUAUAGGUGGGCACUACCUCACCAGCCAGUAUACAGCAGGGUAAAGAAAACCCUAUGUAUCUAGGUGGGCACUACCUCGCCAGCUAGUCUACAGCAGGGUAAAUUAAACCCUGUAUAUCUGGGUGGGCACUACCUCGCCAGCCAGUAUAUAGCAGGGUAAAGAAAACCCUGUGUAUCUAGGUGGGCACUACCUCGCCAGCCAGUAUACAGCAGGGUAAAUAAAACCCUGUGUAUCUAGGUGGGCACUACCUCACCAGCCAGUAUACAGCAGGGUAAAUUAAACCCUGUAUAUCUGGGUGGGCACUACCUCGCCAGCCAGUAUAUAGCAGGGUAAAGAAAACCCUGUGUAUCUAGGUGGGCACUACCUCGCCAGCCAGUAUACAGCAGGGUAAAUAAAACCCUGUGUAUCUAGGUGGGCACUACCUCACCAGCCAGUAUACAGCAGGGUAAAUUAAACCCUGUAUAUCUGGGUGGGCACUACCUCGCCAGCCAGUAUAUAGCAGGGUAAAGAAAACCCUGUGUAUCUAGGUGGGCACUACCUCGCCAGCCUGUAUAUAGCAGGGUAAAGAAAACCCUGUGUAUCUGGGUGGGCACUACCUCGCCAGCCAGCAUACAGCAGGGUAAAUAAAACCCUGUGUAUCUAGGUGGGCACUACCUAAUUUUAUUCCAUGUAUAUAGAUGUCUUGCACAUAGCAGUGUGUCUGUCCCUCAUUGUUGACUUCUCCCGCGACAGUCACUUCACCCACUGUAAUUCAGCAGAUUAUCCCUUAAAUUCCAUAAAGGUGCCCAAUACAUUGCUUUGCAGUUUGGUCACACCCCCGGCACAUAAUGUGUUAAUGUAUCACUGGUUUUUCCUAUGUGAUGCGAGUUUCCAGGGUGUGUACAUAACAAAAGAGCAUAAUCUUGCCUUGUAGAUACUACAAACCGAGAGGUCAAUUAGACAUCAAUAAAUCAUUUUGUGCACGCAAUAGUGUGAUGUUUGUUUGAAAUUAGUUUUAUUUCAUUUAAACUUGUCCAAACCAGGCUGUGUGUUUAAUGAUUAGCAACAUAUCAGCCAAAGUGCAUUCUUAAAAGGAAUGACCCAUUCUUAAAGGGUACUGGUCUCAUUUAUAGCUCUCUAAAUAAUGUUACAUUAAGUUUUAAGCUUUGCUGUAAUAAGCAUUUUCUGUGCUGAUUCCUAAACUUGACUUUGCUCAAGCCUUUAAUGACCCCACACUCAGUGUUCAUACAGUACCAUGACUCUUUUAAUACCGUGGCAGUAUCUGCGUCUAAAACUGGCUACAAUGAGCCUGUAAUGACGGGGAAUCUUGCCUGCUCCGUGUUUACUGUAUGUUUUUGCGGUAUUUUGUUUAAGCCACUUUUAUCUCUUUAAUGUGAGACUACACAUAUGCCCUUAAUUAUAGGGAGUUUUAGAGAGAAGGGCGUAGGCUCCUGGAUAAAGAUAUACAAAGGGGAAAAAUAAAAACAAACAUAUAUUUUUUUUUUGUUUCAGUGAUAAUUCGUGGCACAAAAAAAUGCCAUAUGUAAUACUUGUUCUGGAGAAGACCUCGGUGUCCAUCCAUAGCGGUGAUGAAUGACUCUAUACCAACUGUGAAGAAUUCUGAAUUUACUCGGUCAAAAAAUCAGCUGCCAAACCCUAGAUUAUUAAAGAUGGUCCUUCAUGCAUUAUUUAAUCCCUUCCCCUUUCUUUUCUAAUAGCUAGAUGUUGGAGCAGAAUUAAUGCAGGCAAGUUAUUAAAAAUGCCGCAGGCUAGAACUUCUGCCUCGGAUAACUACAGUUAUGAUCCCUGAGUUUCAUCUUCAGAAUUCUGGGUGAUUUUAUGUAUGUUCUGUUUUCUUAACUGAAAAUCUAGUGACCGUGCUCUUUAAAGGAGCUAUAAACCAGACCGCUUCAUGUUUCACCCAGAUGGUGACAGGUCUCUGACACGUUGAGUAACUCAUAAGGAGCUGUCCGUAUACUUAGUAUUGCUAUCAUUCGGGAUUCAACUGAAUUUGACUAGUUAGAUGCAGGUUAAUUGUAGUAUACCCAACAUCAUAAUACAGGUUAAUGGGUGCAUAAUGUUAUUUAACUUAAUAAGUCUUACAAAAGCACAUAUUCAAGGUGUAAAAAUCACAUUUGUCGCCCUUUUCUAUUUGUGAUGUAGGUAGUUCGUGAUGCCGGAUAAACGUCUUCAGGUCCUUGACAAAUUAAAUAUAAGUUUGAUGUGUUUUUUAUUUAUUUUUAUUUUGGUUUUGCUCACUGUAGGAGCAAACUUGUCAAUUGGCCCUGAUUUCAGGUACCAAGCUUGGGCCCAUUACCGUUGUUAUCCUCGGAGUUCCGUUCUAGGUCCAGAAUUGGUGUCCACUACCGCUGUUAUCCGAAGAGUUUAGUUCUUGGUUCAGAUGUUGUGUUAAUUCAAAGACUUUGGUUUUAGGUUUAUGCUUUGUAUUUCUUACUAUGGCCAAGCAAAGAAUUGGGUUCUGGGUUCAGGAAUUGGUUUUCUUGAUUUCCAUGGUCAGCCACUGUCAUUUGUUCUAGUUAAACUUCCAUGGGUAUCCUAACAGUUUUGUUCUAUUGAUAGACUUUGCAUAUAUUACCAUGUUCCUUCGAUUACUUUGGUUCUAGUUUCAGGCCAUUUUUAAAUGAAGGCCUUGAUUUUAAUAUUUUUGGAUCAGCUUUUUUUAAUGAUCACAAUCUGUUAAUAGAACUUCAAAUGGUUCCCAUAGACUUUAAUGGUGAUUUCUGUAGAUAAAUCAUUAGUAACGUUUUUCUAACAGUACGUGAUCAUUUGAAAAGUUUAUCUAAAAAUAGUAAAUCGAGGCCAGAAGUUGGCCACAGACCUGGUGUUUCUUACCAUGGUCAACUUAAGAGUUCAGAUCGUGUUAAUUUCGUGAUUUAUUGUUCUUAAUUACAUAAUCAGCUGGAUCCAUACUUGUCUUAGAAAAUCUGACAAAAACAAAGACAACAAAAUGAACUUAAAAGAGCUGAAGAACUUCCUGCAGGAAGUGAAUAUCCAGGCUGACGACCACUAUGCUGCAACAAUAUUCCAGGUAUAGUAUCAUAUGGAAAGUACCUUAACAUGUCUGGCUGAGUAUGCCCGAUCUCUGAUUUACAAACAUUCCUUGUAACUGAUCAUUGUUACAAGUCAUCUGCAAAAGUUAGGGAUUUCACCUUUUAAGAAAAUUAUAGAACAAAUGCUAGCCAGUUUAUUGAAUAAGAAUAUUUAUUUCAUUUCAUGACGGUAAAAUCCCAGAUAGUUUUUUUUUUUUUUUUUUUUUUAAAUAGUGUAUUUUUAAUUGUGUUUAUUAUUUUAUUAUUUUUAUUUUUUUCUGUGUUUCUGAUGUGAAGCAGUCUUUUCACCCACAAUAUGGUCUGAUAAGGAAUAUGUUUGCUUAGGUAAAUGACAAUAGCACUGUAUAUUUAUGAUGUAAAAAUAUCUGGUUUACUAUUCUCUCAAACAAACUAAAGAUCUCUUGAUAGAGACGAGAGAGAACAAAAUAAAAUACUAACCGUAAAAAAAGCUAUAAUAGUAUAAAAAAAGGUCAAGCCAGUCAGCUCAGUAAUAUCUGUUCUUAGCUUCUCCCAGUCUCAUGCAAAAUAUUUCAGAAUGCUCAAAAAGGUAAAUAGAAAAAUAUCCAGAAGAACAUUCCUAAUAUUGUUCCUAUUGUGAAAGCCAAGUAUGUCUGGCAAAGGAAGUUCCAUGAUAUAAAAAAUCCACAACAGGUGACCUGGACACUCUCCAAAGUACACCUUAAUCCUGUAAACACAGAAGUGAAAAAUAUGGAAAGACCUAGCCCAAAGGUUUUGGCCAGGAAAUUACUGGAGAGACCAAGAGCUAUCGAUGUGUAAAUGUAAAAGAGGCAAAAUACAGAAAAACUGCAAAUAUAGACACUAUAGUACGGUCUUCAAUCUGCAUUCCACAGAGCUGAGAAACUACUUGGAGGAUUUCUGACCUUUUAAAAAGAAUGUAUUCAGUUCUCCAGUCCUUCCUGAAAUUUCAUUCAGAGGACAUGACCAAAACACAGGAUUCCGCAUAGUAGUUUAGCCUCAGCUGUUUACGUUUCCAGCUAUAUUAAAUGUUUUAUCGAGAAGACCAAUGAUCUAAUGGCUGCAUGUAGAAUUUCAGUAAGUCAAGUCAAUGUAUGUAAGAACAAAAUAUAAAUUGCUUUCACUUCUGUUUCAGGAAUCCUCAAUAUUAUUGGUGCUAAGAGAUCCCCUGUCCCUGUCCCUCUUUCUUCUAAUCAUUAUAGCCACCCAUCCCUCUAGCAACUCCAUCACUUCAUCUGGAAGCUAGGUUUCUCCUCCCUAUGCCUGAUCUUGUAUGACAUGCACAUGGAUAAUGCAACUCCUGACUUUUACAUGUUCUCUGAUAGCUUUCUAUAGCAGAAUCUGUACAGCAGAUAUGCACUCAAUGGCUUUACUCUUAUUAAAUCAACUUUCCUAUUUACUUAGUGCUUGUUAAUGUUUGUUCUCUGCCUGCCCUAAAUAUAAUAUAUUUUGUGUAUAUUCAAUACAAGGCAAUGGAAUGGUCACGUGUUGUUACACCUACCAGUUAGGCACAUCAAUUUAUCCCUGUGACACCUAUAAAUACUAAAAUGUUUUAUUAUGUAGAAUUUAGCCCAGGGCAAGCGUGACAUCACGAGUAUUAAAGAUUCUUAUUUAUCAACUUUUGAUUUCCAGACAUGUGACACAUCAAAGUCGGGCUCUCUGGAAGGUGAUGAAAUUGAGGCAUUUUACAAACUACUGACAGAGCGACCUGAGGUGGAUGGAAUGUUCAAGACGUACUUCGAUAGCAACGAUCUGAUCUCCGCAGAAAGCCUGAAACAAUUCCUACUAAAGGAACAAGGCGAGAACGUGAGUCUAGAACAAGUGAAGAACCUGAUCGAAAAGUAUGAACCAAGUGAAGUAGGUAAGUCCUGUUAUAGAGGAAAAUAAUAUAUAUUUUUUAUAUAUAUCUUGUAACGUCCUAUUUCAAAUUACACUGCUUGAAAGACUCCUUGAGGGUUUUCCUAUCUCAUGUCCAUGUGUUGCACCGAUCUGUUCCACCAAGUUGAAGAUACCUAAACCAAUGUAGCCAUUAAACCCAGAUUUGGAUGAAAGAUAAACAUAUCUUCAAUAUGUUCAACUAUGGCCUAAUGUGGUAGAUGGGCAUGGAAAGCUGGCUACACAAAACUAGUAUGGAGCCUGUUGUAUCCUGCUUUAAUGGCUGCACACAACUGAUCUUCUCUGGCACACUUUGUUGCAGCCAAAAAGCAAAACUCGAUGACAAAAGAUGGACUCCUCAUGUAUCUGCUGUCUGAUGAUGGAAAUAUAUUUAACCCAGCUCAUCGGAAGGUUUACCAAGACAUGACGCAACCUCUGUCUCAUUACUUUAUCUCAUCCUCUCACAAUACGUACCUGAUGGAAGACCAGCUGAAAGGUCCAAGCAGUACUGAGGCCUACAUCAGGUACAUCAUCACUCUUGUUUUAUGACAACAUACACGGUGUUUUACCAUAGGACAUUAUUACCUGAUUUUACUUCCUUACAGUUAUAAUUUACUGCAGUGUAUUGAUUGCGAGGUUGCCAGGUUACUAUAUUUUUGUAUGGAAUGCUUUUGAAUUGUACAUUCUUUCAUUAAAGGUGUGGACGUGCUGCCCAACAGUAUGUGGGUUAUCCAUGCUUCAAGUGUAAAAUCAUUUAAUGGACUGCUCUAGAGAUGUCAAAGGAGUCAGCUGAUUUCAGGAAUUAUGGUGGUUGGAGUGCUGUGUUUUUCUAGGAGUCUCCACAGAGGUGCCCGAGAUGUUAGUCCACCUCUGGAAGCGUCAUUAGUACAUUAUUAGCAACUGAUGUCAGUUCUGUGCAUAUCCUAUGCAAAGAUGCUCAUUCAUUGGCUGCGAGCGCUCAGCUAACGCUGUCAGCCAAUGAGUAAGCAACAGGAUCGGCAUCUGACCUCUGCAGCCCUGCAGUGACCUGAUGUCGUUGGCCUGCUGCAGAGCGGAGAUGGCGCCCAGCUGGACCCAGUUUAGAUGGCAAAAUGGCAUGACCUAUUACCAGUGCCAGCGUACUUCUGGCAUCAUAAUCACUAUCGCGUGUUGCGUUGGUUAUGAUGCUUGAAAUAACCUUUUAACAUAACAGGCCUCUUUCAAGUGUUUUGCAUAGCUAACCAUGUCAAGGAAAUUAACUUGUUCUCAUAUUGUACACUUAUUGACGCUUAAGAGGACAAAUGAGGAUAUCCAGCCCAUUGUAAAGUAAAUUGAUAACAAACCUUUUCCCGAGAUUACAAUUCUCAUCCUGCUCCACCAGUCUUCUAGUUACAAAGUCUCAAAAAAACCAAAAAUAAUAAACUUUCCAGUGUCAAUUAUUAGAUACUUGUAUAAAUAUUCAACGAGCAAUAAGUGCAGCGAUGACCACAUUAAUGUCCAAAAAGAGAGGAACUGAACUGGAUAUUUAAUGUUCCAUUUCCCCUGGAGAAGUUUGACAACACAUGAUAAUGGUUUUGUGUGUCCAUAUUUAUUUAUGAGCAGAUGUUUUCGUUUUUCUUUAUGCAGUCUAAGCCUUCCUAGAAGCACCUGAGACGCCUCUCUUUCUAGAUAUUUCUUUAAAGUAUUGCUCAAUCGCAGACAGACGGGCUGAGCUUCUGAAGCCUGCUAGGAGGCCUCUUUCAUGCUUUGCUAUCUUUAUGAUUUCACUCUUUUUUUUUUUUUUUUUUAUCCACUGAAUUAACUAUUACAUGAACAAAACCACAUACGAGGUUGUAAUCUGUACUAAUGGAUAGCAGAAGUUGUGUACAGCGAGCAGUUGGUAGAAAGUUCUAAAAGUGAUAUCACCAUGAUUGAAUUUCAUUGUUGUGUGUUUUCAAUUCGAGUUUUAAAACAUUUUUCUGUUUGUGUUUUUUCCACUCAGGGCUCUGUCGCGGGGAUGCCGAUGUGUGGAAUUGGAUUGUUGGGAUGGGCCUAAUGGCGAGCCAGUUAUUUAUCAUGGUUACACUCUCACUUCAAAGAUCCUCUUCAAAGACGUCAUAACGGCCAUUAAAAACUACGCCUUUAAAGUAAGUCAGGAUCCAAGGUAAAAAGUCAAUAAACAAUACAUGUUCAUCCGCUCGUGACUGGGGAAGCCCCAUUUCCCACUGAGAAAUUAAAAUAGACUGUUGGGAAUCAGAUUGGAUUAAAAAACAUUAGUAAGUAAGCAUUUGCAGUGAUCUAAAAUAGCAAUUGCAUACAAUCUGUGUAUUUAUUGUUUGUCACUGCAAAUGAUACCAAAAUGGAACGAACACCGGCCCUGAUUUUAGAGGAACAAUCCAGGCAUUCUAGGUACUCAUGCUCCUUGCAUAGUAUAUGGUAAAAUAAGGUGCAUAUCCCCCUUUCCCUAUGCUAUUCACUAUAGGAGCAGAUAUAUAAGGAAAUCGAUGUAUUUAAAACACUUCUCUCACAUUGUAUCACAAAGGGAGCAAAGGUUCUAUCUGGACGGAAACAUUUCGUAUAUGAACAUAAUAAAAUAUUUUAAGGUCAGGAUCAGCCAACAGAUCCCUGCCACUUCCUGGUGCCUUCAGAUUUACAGCAAAUUAAGAGAAUUCCAAGGGGAAUCAUUUUGCUAUUAUGUGUGUAUGUGUGUAUCUAUCUAUCUAUUUAUAAUAUAAUUCUGUGUGUUGCUUGCUUGUUGUAAUUCAUUAUGUAAAUAAGGCAUUAUCCCCCACCCAGCCCGGUAUGUUCCUUUAUUUAUCUGCAGAGAUUGCUAUUAGCAGAAUGAUGCAGGCCGUCUGUCUGCAGACCUGUCUUCUCUGAUAAUUGCUUGAGAAUGGAAAGUGAAGGCUUUAUCUGGAUGUUUCUAUUGUUAAUAUCCUUCCUCUGGGAUGCAGUUCUGUUCCACCCUAGAGGGAAAUUAUGUCACCCUGUAGAUAGUGGGACAGCCAGAAUCUGGAUGCUAGUAGAGCUAUUUUUAAAUGUAAAAUAAAUAAUAAUAAUAAUGAUGAUCUUAAGCUGCCAAUGGUGUGUUCGGGGAGAGCUCUUUCGCUUGCAAAGCAUCAUGGGAAUUAUCGUUUCCUAGAGAUGGAACGCGACACGCUAGCCUGCAUGCAGAUCGAACAGGGGAAGAGAAAAGUGGGAUAGUAAACAAGGAACUCUGCUGCCUGUCUCUCCUGUUUGUUUGUUUAUUUUACAAUUUAAAGGAAAAGUCAAAUACAAAUGAUUUGAUGCAAAAUGGAAGAGCCCAAUAGUUUUGAUUUAAGUUAGGAAUGUGGUUAUAGUGCAUUCCUAUGAUGUUCAAUGAAUAAGAGGAACUCUAAUUAUUUUGGUAAGGAUCGUUCCUCUUUUCCUUGAAAGCAUUUCGUGUCCCAGUGGAUGGAAGUAUAAAACUCCCCAUGUUUACAUUUCCUGCUGAUGCCACCUCUUCAAGAUUCUCCCCAUAAUUCCUUUUGUAUCCAUGCGCAAAAAUAAAUCAGAAUUUGCAUAAAAGGCCAGCUUCUGAUCUAAAUUAAAACCUUUUAGCAAGCCUUACUAUUAUCUUUAACUUGUUCCUAACUAGUUACCUCUCCUAUUCAAUUAUGUUAUGUUAAAUAAGAAUUGAGUCUGAAUGCAUUGUCCCCGACACACCUACCUUCACUUUAUUGUGUUUAAAAUAACCAUUUUUUAUAAAUAGCCCAUAAAAAUGUGUUGACUGUUUGUUAAGACACUAGCACAUUUCAAAGCAUUUUUACACCUGAUUCUCAUAGUUCGAUGUGCAGUGGUUCAGUCUAACAUCUUUAGUUUGCUUUUUCCCAUGAAGACGUCACGGUACCCUGUGAUAAUCUCACUGGAGAACCAUUGUAGCCUUGAGCAGCAGAAAACUAUGGCCAAGCACAUGAAGAACAUUCUGGGAAAUAAUCUGCUCACUGCGCCUUUCGAUGGAAUGAUAAAAGAGUUCCCCUCUCCAGAGGUUUGUAAAUUCUUAUGGAUAUUAGUAGUUAACAAAUUCUCAACAAAACACACAAUUCACAAUUCAAUCUGAGGAUAUAACACGGCAUUUCAAAUGCCUAUAACUUACCGUUAUCUUGUGAGUUCUCUACCUGCCCUUUCCAGGCACUUUAUUUUUAGCUGUAUUACACUAUAUUUGUGUUUUUUCCUUUCCUAGAUUUUGUAUAUUUUUAUACACCCGGUUGUAUUAUAUUUAAUUAUAUUUAAGUUUUCCUUUUAUUUUUGAUAUCUCUGUCUUUUUACCAUGUGAUGGCCCAGAUAUAUAAUCUUGUGAUCCAGAAAUGUAAGAUUUUAAUUUAAAUUGAUGCCCCUCCCACCUCAGUAAUAUAUAUUUUAUUAUAGGGCUUUGGGUGGGGCUGUGAUCUCCUUUGGGGGGGAUUAUAGGGUUUGUAGGUGUCCUGUAAUCCCCCCAUUACAUAUAUGACAAACGUUAUAUUGAGGGGGAAAAUAGAAAAAGACUUUGGGGAAAAAAGAGGUUGGAAAGUAGAGCAGACCAUUAAAAUAAUUCAUUUGUGAAAAGUGACAAAAAAAAACCAAAGCAAACAUUAUAAUAAAGGGCAUCAUAAGUGAAACAUCAAAAAAUAAAUAUUAACUUUCAGCUUGACACUUCACCUGCUCCUAGUUCGUGUGUAUCUAAGAAAGCUGAUUGGCUGGAAAAACUAAGCAGCCAAUCAGAAUGCAGCUUUGACAGUAAAUGGCUCAGUUAGGUAUUCUCUUGUUUCUAAGACGCAAUGCUUCAUGUAGCAGCACAGACUGAGCUGUAAAUGUGUAUUUUCCUCUGCGUGGAAUUUCAUUGACAUUUCAUUUCAUUGCUGACCCUUUUACCCCAGUACCUGUCGUUGUUGUUGAAUACAGCCCUCACUUAAGACUUUCUCCUCUCCCAUCAGCAACUAAAGGACAAAGUCUUGGUAAAAGGCAAAAAGCUGAAUAAACUGGAAGACAGUCUGCAGAAAGAGAACAAUGCCCACACGGAGGCUGCAGACGUGUCCGAUGAAGAUGAAGCUGCAGAUAUGGAUGAUGAGGCUGUGAAAUCCAACGUGCAAGCGAAAAAGACUGCGGUCAGUGCGAGUGAUCUUAAAACUAAAUAAUCUAAGUGGUGACACUAGAAGAGUGUGUUAUUUUUAUAAUUUAAAGUGAACUUGCCAUCAGACCUUUUUGUGAAAAAGGAGAAAUGGUUUGUUGUGUUGACCUAAAAUGCGAGAGUAUUUUUUAUUUUCUUUCUUUCCAACCUUGUGUAUACGCAGAUUUACAUUUGUAUUACCUUCCUCAUUGCUCCCACUCUGGUCCUCAACUGAUGCUGCAAACAAGCCUUCUACAUUGUGCCGAGGGAUUGCAUGGGACAUCUUCUGCCCCCCUCAAUGCUACUGUAGAAUAGCAGCUGUAAGGGAAAAGGGGGGAGGAUGCAUAUACUUGCAGACUGCAAUAACUUUUAAAAUCAAGAUCCCCGAUGUCCAUGAAUUUGGCACCUUACAUUAAGGCAGUUAUAUUUUAUCUGGAAACGUACCUGAUUUUUUUUUUUUUUUUUUUUAAUCUACAGCUGGAGAUGUGUAUGUGUAUGUGUGUGUGUGUGUAUAUAUAUAUUUAUUUAAGAAGAUGCACAGAUUUUAGCUUUUUUUCUGUCUUUUUCUCUAGAGUGCAAAGUUGAAACUUGCCAAAGAACUGUCAGACACUGUGAUUUACUGCAAGAGUGUUCACUUCCGAGGUUUUGAAUAUGCACUUAAGAACCAAUCCUUCUACGAGAUGUCCUCCUUAACCGAGAGCAAGGCUCUGAAGCUGGCACACGAGUCAGGUGAGCCGUUUUAUUGAAUAUUUGUUAUUUUAGCUAUUGUUUAGUUUUGUAUUUAUUGUAGUGUCUGUAAUGACCUGGUUCUUGUAUCUUCUCUUAUCCAAAAUAACUGAAACAAAUUAUUAGAUGAUUUGGGAGGAAACAUUGCCUAUUAAACUCAUACUUCUAGACUUUAUAAUCCACUACUAAACCAUGGCACGCUACAUUUCUGUCCUGGACAUGUUAUAAUGCACCUGUCUCCUCCCCCAGAUUUGUAAUAUAUGCAGUCUGCUAAAGCACAUUCUAGCUGUGAUGGCUCAGAUUUGUAUUCCAGCUCCUAUCAUGCCCAUCUGGACAUAUGCACCAAAGAUUACCAUCAUUACAUCAUAUCAAAUUGCUGACUUUUUCAUAUUUUCAUAUUUUCAACCUUGCAUUUAACACUAAUGAAGAGCUUGUUGUCAAUAACUUCCUCCAAAAGAUUCCACAUUUCAGAGCCAAACUUUGCUUGGCAUCCAAUAUAUGUCCUUCACCAUAGCUUUUACAUGCUGGUAAAUAAAUCCUCGCCACCCCUCUUCCCCUAUCUGGAAGGGCUGCUCCUGGUGUUGUGUUACUGGAUUAUUGUGUGUAUGUGCUGUAAUGGGACUUUAGGUUGGCCAUACUGGUUACUCCUUUAUUUAAUUUAUUUUAUUAAUUAAUUAGGGGUUGAUUAACGUUUUUUUCAUACAAGCACUUUGUUUUACGUUUCUUCUAAGGAACUGGUUUUAUUCAGCACAAUACCAGACAGCUGAGCCGAAUUUAUCCAGAUGGCAUGAGGACAGACUCUUCCAACUACAGUGCCGUGGACAUGUGGAACACAGGGUGCCAAAUAGGUAAGUACAUUUGUACUAGAAGUGGUGCUAUUACUAUGGAAACCAGUGAAACCAGCAGGUAACUUCAUUUGGUAACCCCUCCCCUUUAACAUUCCCCUUUUACAAAUCUCCCCUAAUGUCUUUCUACCUGAGGAUUAUGAGAAAAACACGCUCCUGUUAUAUUGGUUAAUUCCCCAAUUUACUGGGUGAUUCGUCCUGCAGUGAUUCCUUUUCUUAAAUAUUUGUCUUUGCAAGCUUCACUCUCUGAUUUUUCCACUGCUGCCAUGUAAUUGUGCCUGGAAUCUUAGAGAGAGCAGCCAACAUUUUCUCAGGUUUCUUGAAACAGCCGGCAGCAUUACUGUGCUUGGUGCCAAAAUUGGAUCCAUUUCCCAUAGAAUAACAAAAAAUAAAUCUGAUAUUAAAUUCUGUCUGUGUGUUUGGGCUGUUUUCCUUUACAUUUAUUUAAAUCUGAGAUCACACGCUGGAUUGUAAAUGAAUCUUUUAUUCUUUUUAUUCAGUUAUGUAUCAUUUAUCCAUGUCACACAGAGCGCAGUUUCACGAUGUAUUGUUUGUUUACUCAGUGGCUUUAAAUUUCCAAACCCCCGGAGCAGAGAUGGACGUGUACCAGGGUCUGUUCCAGCAAAACGGUUUCUGCGGGUAUGUCCUUAAGCCAGAGUUCCUGCGGCAGUCGACGUCCAAAUUUAACCCCAAAUCAAUUCAAGAAGGAGAAUGGUGGACGCCCAAAAAGCUACAAAUUAAGGUUACGUAUUGAUCAGCAUCAUUGUGACAGGUUUAAUAUGAGGAUAAAGAAGCUGCUCUCUCUCUGGCUGUGUUUUUGUCAUUAUUUUGUAGUAAAUGUGUCUCUAUCUUUCUAUGUAACUUCCAAGCUAUCCUGCUCUGUGUUUUUAUCAUUCUGUUGCUCUCUUACUUUAUAUUUCAUUAUAUCGCAUGCCUGGAGUAUAUCAAUGCUUAGCUAGGAUUCCUCCAGUAUGUUUCUCUAAGUCUCCCUGGCUUCUACUUAGUAUGGAGGGACUCUCACUUUAUACAUGUAGCGUUGAAGAAUGAAUGUCUUCCAUUAAUAUCCCUUAGAGUAUUAUAAAAUUGGUUUAAAAUAAUUCUCCAGGAAAAUAGAAUGACUGAAGGGAACAUGUCAUGGUGAAGAUUAACAAGAUUAUUUCAGACUAUGGUUAAAUGUUGUAAUUAUCCAUUGUAUAUUACACGGUUUCUUUGUGCCUGUCGUCAUCCUAUAGGUGAUCUCCGGACAGCAGCUGCCCAAAGUGAACCAGAAGAAAAGCUCUAUAGUGGAUCCAACCGUGAUCGUAGAAAUCCAUGGAGUGGCCCGCGAUAAUGACAAAAAGCAUACCAAAGUCAUCAAUAACAACGGUAAGGAAAGGUUUGGGUCAAAUUUACCUCCUGUUCCCCUUUAAAGGGGCAGUGACUUGUAUCAGGUUUCUCAUAAAGACACUAAUUCAGCUUAUUGUUUUGCGUUCGUUCUAAAUACUUAACCUGUAUGUCAUCUUUUGCAGGUUUUAACCCUGUGUGGAACGAGCAGUUUGAGUUUGAUAUAGAUGUACCUGCCCUGGUGCUGGUUAGAUUUUUGGUGGAAGACUACGAUGCUGCCACGCGUAAUGACUUUAUUGGGCAAUACACCGUUCCAUUGACAAGUUUACAAUUAGGUACAAUUAUUUCUCCAGGAAAACGGCCUUUGUCUGCAAUUGUCUGCAGAGUAUUCUCUCAUUGUAUGCAUGUCUAAAUUUAUUAACAAGAGAAGUUGAAUCUGCUUGUGUCUAUCUGCAUGUACUGUCUCAUUGUCUGUGUCUCUCUGCCCUAUCUUUGUCUCUGCAACUCUAUCUAUUACCUAUCUAUCAUGUCCUUUAUAGUGGUUAGCACAGUGAAAGGCAGAUUCAGUAAGUUAAGAACAAUAAUAAAGAGAGGUAGAAUAAACUUUCAUUGUUUGCCCAUAGAGCUUACAGUCUCCCAUGUCAUGUUUCCAUAAACUAAUGCAACUUCAGUGCCGCAUAAAGAGGUUUGUUGCGGAAAAAAGCAACGCAACAAAAUGUGUUUGGCAGAUGUUUGCGAAAAAUUAAAGCUAUCGACUUUGCAGAACUUUUCUUCACUCAGUAAAUCUCACAAAAUUAUUAAUUAGUAUUAUUACAGAUGCUCAAAACAAUAUUCACAGCAAAUCAUUAAUAAAAUCUUGUUAAUCUAAUUUCAAAUUGCAGGUAUUGCUACACAGAACAAUAUGUAAGGUUAGCUCAUCCUGCUAUAAUGGAUUUUUCAGAUUUUUAUAUAUUUAGUUUAGCAUUUUGUAAAGCGAGAUCGAGAGACCGAGGAAUUAUUAAUUUAACUGAUUACCAACUGCACUGAUUAAUAAAAAAAUAAUAAUAAUAAUAGUGAUUUAUUUAUAUAGUGCCAGCAAAUUCCGUAGCGUUGUACAAUAGGUGGACUAACACACGUAAUUGUAACCAGACAAAUGGACACACAUGAACAGAGGGGUUGAGGGCCCUGCUCAAUGAGCUUACAAGCUAGAGGGAGUGGGGUAUAGUGACACAAAAGGUAUAAGUAGGGGUAAUAAAAUAGGUUGCUAGAUAAGUAAUCACUGAGAACUUAGGUUAUGGGAGGCGGGGGAUAAAUAAAUUAUAUACAUUCCUGAAUAAGUGUGUUUUCAAAGAUUCUGUUUUGUCUUGUGAAUUAAGCUGCCGAGUGUGCAUUAUGGGAGUAUGCUUUGUACAGCGCUACGGAAUCUGAUGGCGCUAUAUAAAUAAUAAUAAUAAUACGUAGCUCACUUUAUUUGUUACGUACAUACAGUGUGCUAUAUGUGUCUAAUACAUUAAUCCAAUUAUAUUCCUUCUUUUUUCUCCACAAGGCUAUCGCCACAUCCAUCUUCUUCGCAAGAGUGGAGACCCCUAUCCAUCAGCCACAUUGUUUAUACACACCGUCCUCAAAGAAAGCAAAGACUGAACGACAUACCCCUGACUUUUACAACUUGAUUUUUAAUUUCUUUUUUUAUUGACAUUUUAAGGUCAAAGUUGAAACAACUGUUAAAUUUCAAUUUUUAUUUUUUUAAAAGUAUUUUCCUGCCAUAAGAGUAGGAAUGUAUUUUAUUUUUUAAAUUCAGUUUUUACUGUUAUCUUAUUGAACCUAGUGUGGCCGUGUCUUGUUACCGGUAGUCAGACUGGGUGCUGUUUUUAUUUAAAAGAAGCCAAGUGUAAUAUAGUUUACAAACCUUAUAUCCUUGUUAAUCCUGCUAGUCUGUGUAAUAAGAGAUCAGACCGAGAUGCAUUUAACAUGGCAGGGUGUGCAAUAUACUGCAUGUGCCUUACACAGGCCCAUACAAAGGGUUUCUGUACAUGUACAUUUAUUUUAACUCUUUUACAAAGCAGAUCUAAAGUACCUGGUAGAAUAGAUGUCUUGAAUAGUCUUGUCCCAACAGUUGCCAUGGACCUACAUUUUCUGUAAUGAUAUGAAAAAUAUACGCAAAGCCUCACCUGUAGGGUCAAAUAAAUUGCCCUCAGAGACAGCGUCAUCAUUUUUGCACACUUGAAUGCACACUUGGCAGACAAUAAGUUGGUCUGGCUGUUCCAACUAAGGGAUGCCCAUUCAAAAACUGCUCCUGAAUCUAAUUAUGGAAACCGUUCCUUGGUGUCCCCAGGUAGUUGGACACUAGGGAACAAACCAUUGACUGCUGGGAGGCAUGCACACACACUAAAGGUGUAAUACACAGCCAAUCCAUGGGUUUCUCUGUUUGCGAUGCUCUUCUAAAAAAAUGUUAGGUCCUUUUCUGAUCAUCUUACAAACCACGAUUUUCAACCUAGUGGACAAUUAACGUACUCUGGAUGAUGGUUAAGGGUAAAAUGUAUUACUUUCUGUCAAAUAAUUAUUUUUUUUCUUUUCAUAAUUCUGGUAUCUAGAGAAAUAAGCUAAUUUUGGAAUGUAUGGAUCAAUUUAGAAAGUAAUGUUAAACGUAUCAAAUUUGGUCCAGAAUGGACAUUACACGGCCUAAUAUAUGCAAUAUGAGUUUCCAUGGCAACAUCAUAUAUUGGUACUUCAGGAAGAGUUACAAAACCCUGACCCCCUCUCCUUUACCUCACUUUUUAUCUAUUGCCCACCAAGUAGAUUUGCUUUAUUUUAUUAGAGCAUCAGCAAUAAUAUGAAUAAUAGAUUUCAUGUCCUUGCACCUUAAUGGGCACACAGUUUAGAAAUGAGAAAUUGGUCCUAAAGGCACUGGUUACCAUAAUCUAACAAUAUACACCAGAUGAUCCUUUCUUAACUAGUACAGAGAGGAACAAAACACGCUGCUUUGCCAUUCGCUGUAAGGAGGCUAAUACCGACUUCUCACGCCUUUCCUUAUCCGAGUGGUUUCUAAAUAACUGACAGUCAAACUCAAUAUACUCGAAAGCUUAUGUCCUGAUAAGCUGCCUGCUGGGAUGCCGUUACUGCUAUCCCACAUAUUAAUUUAUGAAGAAGAGGGCUAUUUUUUAUUUUGUUUAUGUAAUGCCUUAAAAAAUUAGUGGCCUUUCAAAGCUGUUUAGCCAACGUUUGUUGAUAAUGGUUUUUUGUACCUUAUUUUCUUAUACACUGAAUUUUAAAUGUAUUUGUAACCUGUCGGGGAAGGUUCAUAUCUUUGGUGAAAUUUAAGAUUGUUGGGGUAUCCUAUCAAAAGUCAUAGCAUAUAAAUUAGAGCGUAAAACAGGUGUAUACAUCAAAAACGUUCAUAUUCCCUAAACUGGGAAAUAUAGAAUGGGAACUGUAAAUCAUAGAUAAUAGUUUAUAGUUGUUAAAUAGAUUUUUCCAGUUUAAAUUUAAAGUUUACAAUUCUCAGUACAAUUGAUUCGAACACCGUGGAUACAUUUACUAUAUUUUGCGCAGUAACUGUGCUUUUUUAAAUUCAGUUUUAUAGUUUUUUCAAUGAUUCAUUUGGAUAAGAAAAUAAUUUACGGUGGAGGUUUAGAUGCCCUUAUGAGAGAAAGGGACGCAUUGUCAAUCCACUCCCAUGGUUUAUUUAUGAAAUGUUUUCUGAUACAUGUAGUAUGAUUUGCAGGUAAACAUUUGUUCAGAUUUACAACAUUAUACUUAGUUGAAUGUUCAUUGUGUUUUUUUAAUGGAAUUACACUUUAAAAAAAAUGAAAACACCUACUGUGAAAUGUGAACACAAUAAUCCUUGUAUUCAUUUUCAAAAAAGGACCUUUAGGAAGCUGCAGGGACUAUAUAACGAGUUCUCACUGAACUUGGUUUUUACGUCAAUGCGCCGCUCGGCUCUAGACCUAGGCAAAGCUCCUGACCGGGAUGUAUAGAACAUAGUAUAGCCCUAUCCGUUCAAAUGGUGCCUCUCCUAAAUAUGAGAGAAGUGUUUUCUUUUGAAAUACUUACCUCUAAAUAGGGGGUGUUAAUGUUACCUGUUCAAAUUGUAUCCUAGAAAAUCUGCUGUAAAGUAAUAAUAACCAAGUCUACAAAUGUUAUUUAAAAAUCCUUAUAUUUUGUGUUUUCAGAACCAAUUCACUUAUUGUGUUAGGUAUGGACUUAAAGGGAAUUUACCAUCAAUAAAAAUCAAUCUCUCACUGCUGAAUGGUUUUAUUUUGAUUUUCCAUGUGGAUGUUUUUAGAUGUUUUCAGUGUUUCAUUCGUGUUUUUAAAGCAUUCUAAAACUCCUCCCUGUCGAACGCUUUCUGAGAUAUCACGCAACAUGUUGGAUUCAGAAUAUUGGCUGGUGAUUUUAAUGUAGCGUUUGUGUGUACGUUGCUGUACGGUACGAUCCAAGGUUGUCUUAAUACUUGAUUGGAUAUAUCACCCCAAACGGCAGCAGGAGUGUAUUUUUCAAAUGAAAUAAUUAAUUUUCUUUUUCUUUAAAAUAGACAAAUGUGUAGUAGACAUCACAGCAAUAUUGCAGUCCAAUGUAAAUAUGUUCAUUAAAUGUUCUAUUUACCUAAAGUUUAGAUCUGUCUCCUUUUUGAGGACUGUUAUUUCUCGCAGUACAAAUUGCAAACAGGGGCGCUAGGCAUGCUGUAGGAUGCUGCUCCCAGCCAUUUUUGUAUGUUAAGUAAAUACAAAACCGUAUGAAUAAUUAAGCCAUUUUAUUUUUGUUUUCAGAUAAAAUAAUGAACUAUUGUGUAACUUUAUAUAUAUUUUUUUGUGGCACUGAUAAGCACCCUAACAGUUUGUGGUAAUUGGAUACAGAGAGACAAUUUCACAACAAAAUGUGUA